UGGGCGCCGAUUGGCUGCGAGGAGGCGGAAGCGAGGGCGGGCGCUCCGUCGCCGUUGCCGCAGUGACAGGACCGGGCCGCUCUUAAGAGCUGGGAAAUGGCGGCGGCAUCGUCGUCGCGUCGCUCCCAGCAGCAGCAGCAGCAGCAGCAGCAGCAUCACCACCCGGGCGCGACUCCCGCGUCGCCGCCGCCGCCGCAGAGCCCCAGCCUUUCCCCCCUCGGAGCUUCCCCUCAGCAGAGGCCCAGCCUAGCCGGACCUGAGGGGGAGGCUCACGGGAGCAGCGGCCGGGAGGCGGCGGAGAGGCCUUUCUCCCCGGAGAGCGUCUGCGAGGCCGCCGGGCCUCCUCCCCCUCCGGGCUCGGGCGCCAGCAGCGCCGCCAACAGCAGCACCAGCAGCAGCAGCAGCAGCUCCGGCUCGUCGCCGUCGUCGUCGUCCUCGGCCGCUUCCAGCCCGGCCGCCGCCGAGAGCCCCGAGCCGCCCGCCCCGCCUCUGCAGCCGCCCCCCGCGCCCGUGGGAAGCGGCACUUUCCGCGAGCUGCUGGAGGCCUGUCGCAAUGGGGACGUGACCCGCGUCCGGCGCCUGGUGGAUGCCACCAACGUCAACGCCAAGGAUAUGGCGGGGAGGAAAUCCACCCCCUUGCACUUCGCGGCAGGUGAGGGGGCGCCGGGGAUGGGGGGGGGCGGGCCGGGCAGCUGCCUGGGGCGCGUUGCCCCGAGAGGGUCCUCUAGUGCUUGCGGGGAACGGCCCCCUUGCAGUGCUUAAGUGUGCUUAAUCCGGGAAGGGAAUGUCGUUGUUGUUGUUGAGUCGUUUAGUCGUGUCCGCCUCUUCCAGACCCCAUGCCUGUCGUGUCCGCCCCUUCCAGAGCACGGCAGGCACUCCUGUCUUCCACUGCCUCCCGCAGUUUGGUCAAACUCCUGCUGGUAGCUUCGAGAAUACUGUCCAACCAUCUCGUCCUCUGCUGUCCCCUUCUCCUUGUGCCCUCCAUCUUUCCCAGCAUCAGGGUCUUUUCCAGGGAGUCUUCUCUUCUCAUGAGGUGGCCAAAGUAUUGGAGCCUCAGCCUCAGGAUCUGUCCUUCCAGUGAGCACUCAGGGCUGAUUUCCUUCAGAAUGGAUAGGUUUGAUCUUCUUGCAGUCCAUGGGACUCUCAAGAGUCUCCUCCAGCACCAGAAUUCAAAAGCAUCAAUUCUUUGGCGAUCAGCCUUCUUUAUGGUCCAGCUCUCACUUCCAUACAUCACUACUGGGAAAACCAUAGCUUUAACUAUAUGGACCUUUGUUGGCAAGGUGAUGUCUCUGCUUUUUAAGAUGCUGUCUAGGUUUGUCAUUGCGUUUGCACCCCAAUAUUCCACUCCCCCAUCUUUACGAGGUUAAACAUGGUUGCAGAAGUGGCAGAAAGGCUCUUUACUUUCUUAAUAAUAAUAAUAAUAAUAAUAAUUUAUUUAUACUCCGCCCAUCUGGCUGGGCUUCCCCAGCCACUCUGGGCAGCUUCCAACCAAGUAUUAAAAUACAGUAGGGAUGCUCCUUCCACAUAGAUCAGAGGCAGAGAGGGCAGAAAACUUGUCUGUUUAUAAUUUGACACCCUGGUGGUUGGCUUCCUGCUGGGUGGGUAGUGGGUGGGCGGGCCUCCGCCCUGCUUGUUGUGGUCCACUCUGCUUGUAGUGGCUGGAUCAACAGCUCCUCCCCCCCAGCCCAGAGGGCUGCGCAGCAAUCACACACCUAUCCUGUAUAUGUGUGUGUGUGUGUGUGUGUGUGUCCCACACAGGGGCAGCGAGGGAAGGGGCAUGGAGGCAGUAGUUGCCCUUUCCAGGAGCAGCCUCUGCCUACUUGGCCUUUUCUCUCUGGGCUGCCCGAUUGGGAGGAUUGGGCCCUCUGACAGAUUCCCACUUCCCUACUGGGGGGGAAAUGUGUAACUGAACCGAGGGGUAGGAGGUGGUGGUUGCUGCCUCCUUGGGGCAGCCAUCCACCCCCCUGCUCUUUUUCAUUCACUUUCCCCUUUUUUGUGGGUGGUAGUCUCUGGAGGAUGGGGCCUAGUAUAUAAGUAAGCAAGCAAGCAAGCAAGGGGAGGAGUUGCUGCUGCCUCCUCCUGCUCUGUUUGGGCAGUCCAGCAGGGAGGAACAAAUCCUUUCAGGUAAGAGCUCCCUCUGCCCAGACUUCCCCCCAGACUUCCCCCCCUCAAAAGAAUAGCAAGGAGAAUUGGUGAUUACUUAGCUCCCCAGAAGGAAUGCCCAUCUGUUCUUUCUCUCUCUCUGCUAAUAUUGGACUCACAGCAGGGGUGAUGAGGGAAGACAAGAAGGCCUUGAAAGUUCUCUGACUGUGGGCCUGCUAUAAACUAAGCCACCCUGGAGAGGUGAAUGGUCAAUGAGUUUUUAAGUUCUUCAUUCACCACCUCUUAAAGGACAAGGGUGUAGACUAGAGGCCCGUAGGCCCUUGAUGUCAAUUUAAGGUGAAGCAUCAGAUGCUUCUAAGGACCGCUUCCCAUAUUGCAACACUAUUGCUAUUAAUAUUUCAGGUGUAUAUCGUAAAAUGUUGAUGAGGCAAGCACUUGUAUCCUGUUGGUACAGGUUUUAGCACAGGAGUAGUGAAUGUGUUAUCCUCAAGAUAUUGUUGGACUCCAGUUCCCAUCAGCCCCAGCCUGCUUUGCCAUUGGUCAGGGAUGAUGGAGGUUGUAGUCCAAAAACAUCUGGAGAGCCCCCACAUUGGCUACUACUGCAUUCUGUGUUUGAGGUUUUUAUGAUACCUUAGACUGGUAUAAGUUUUUGUGAAUUGGAAUCUGUUAUUUUUCUCUGCAGAUAACUGCUACCAUGAGUUGCCCACUCUGUGUGAGCAGUUUAGUGUUGGCGUGAUAAACUUGUGUGAGAUUGCUGCUCUUGUCUACAAAAGUAUAGUGUGAUUUAUUGAGUUUGCGGAAUAUGGAGGGAGAGUUUGCAUGUUACUUUAUUUGUUCGUCACUUUGUAGCAAAAAAGUCUGAAAGUGACUUAACAAGAUAAAAUAAUAAAUAAAUAAAUUUAAAGCCAGAAAUCUAGCAAAUGAUGUGCAAUACAAAAUUCCUAAAACGCUUAUCCUACAACACAAUAGGAACAAGAAGUCCCACCUCGCCCCCACUAAAUGAGCAUUACAUUUUAGAAUGCAAUGAGGAGAGCAUUCUACAAAUGAAAAGGCCACCACUGAAAAACAGAUUUGUUCACAUGAGCAGUUAAUUGUGGAAGGGGGGGAUUAUUGGGUUGUUGUUUUUUAUUAUGAUUAUCUACUUUGUCGUUUUAUAUUCUGAUUUUAUCCUGUGAAUCUCCCUGAGACCUGCGGGUAUAGGGCGGUAUGGAAAUUCAGUAAAUAAAUAGGCUAGUUGUGAGAACUGUCUGAGAGCCAGCAGCGUCUGCACCUCCUAAUCUAGUGUAUUCUUGUUGGCAAACUUCAGCUUUUGUUGCCAUGUAAUGAGUGAAGAGGCCCUAAUAAGUACAGAACUAAUGCUUCUCUUUUCUCAAAAGUAUUGUGUAUCUUGGGACGCGGGUGGCGCUGUGGGUUAAACCACAAAGCCUCUUGGGCUUGCAGAUCAGAAGGUCGGCGGUUCGAAUCCCCGCGACGGGGUGAGCUCCCGUUGCUUGGUCCCUGCUCCUGCCAACCUAGCAGUUCAAAAGCACGUCAAAGUGCAAGUAGAUAAAUAGGUACUGCUCUGGCGUUUCCGUUUGCUGCUCUGGUUCGCCAGAAGCGGCUUAGUCAUGCUGGCCACAUGACCCGGAAGCUGUACGCCGGCUCCCUUGGCCAAUAAAGCGAGAUGAGUGCCGCAACCCCAGAGUUGGUCACGACUGGACCUAAUGGUCAGGGGUCCCUUUACCUUUACCUUUAUUGUGUAUCUUAGUUAGAGCUGAGGACUUUAGGAUUUUUCCUGAAAGUCACACUAAAAGGACAAGUCCACAUCUGUACUGUAGUUGGAAGGGACUCUGAGGGUUAUCUAGUCCAACCCCUGCAAUGCAGGAAUCUCAGGAAGAUCAUACAUGGCGGGUGUAUACAACUCAGUGGUAUCCAGGGUAGAUCCACUGAGAUGAAUGGACCUAAAUUGGUUGUGUACAUUAAUUUCAAAGGGUCUAGCCUGAAUAUGACUUAACAUUAGAUACAAUCCAUAUUUAUGUAGCUUUUAGACUCAAGAGGACAUCAGACCAGUAUCUGGUGUUUACUUCAUAUAAAAUGUUUGCUUUAAUACCCACGGUUUUAAAGGAUUUAUGUGAACUGAAGAAAGUGUUCAAAAAGUUGGUUUAAAAGGGUUACAUGAAAAAAUUGAUGCAAAUCCCAUGGGUAUUUAUUAGAUUUGCUGAGCUGACAAAUAGGAUGUGUCUGACCUUAAGGAGCUCAGCUUGGGAUUUCCUAGGGUGUUUUUCUGUGCCAAGUUCAUGGAGCCUUUUUUAGUAUCAAGGGCAACUGACCCACAGAAAAACAUCAAUUUGGGGGCUGCACACAACUAUUAGUCAGGUAAUUAACUGUAUUCUAUUCUCUUAUAAAUAUCAUAGGUUCAUAUAUUGUAAUGGCUGGAAGAUGAUGCUGGGGUUUUGCUUAGGUUCUCAGGUGGGGAUCAAGUGAAUGGCCUAAACCAGGCAUGGCCAAACUUGGCCGUCCAGAUGUUUUCGGACUACAAUUCCCAUCAUCCCUGACCACUGGUCCUGUUAGCUAGGGAUGAUGGGAGUUGUAGUCCCAAAACAUCUGGACGGCCAAGUUUGGCCAUGCCUGGCCUAAACAAUAUAACUACCACUCCUAGAGAGAGGCGCAAGUGAAGACACUAUGAAUUAAUACUUCUGUUGGAGCAGCAAAGACUGGUGAGGGGGGAAUCUUGGAGCCCUUUCCAGUAGCAGCACUCAAUUGGUUGCUGUACCCGCUGGCCCUUUCUGGAAGGAAGUGGCUCCCUAGAAAUGCUUAGAGGCUGGUUGAGAUUAAACAUGUGACAGCAUCCACCUCAUAGAUUAGAAGUUCCCCAUCCUUGGUGCAGGUCGCCCCUCUUCGAGGAGACAUAUGUUCAAAUCUCUACUUAGCCAUGAAGCUCACUGGCUUGCCCUCUCAGCUUAUUCUACCUCAUGGGGUGGUUGUGAGAUAGAAGGGGGGGGGAAGAAUGCCCUGAGCAAUUGGAAGAAGAGUUGGGGGGAUGUAGUGUCUCUUGCACUACACGGAUGGCUGUCUUCUGGUGGGCCAAUUUUUCUUUUUCCUUUUCUCUGAACAAAACUUCUUGUAGCUCAGUCUAGCAGCUGAACAAUAUGAGGAGUAAGCAAGUUUUUCUUUUCCAAAAAUAGCUAUCCCUUCUUUCAAGUAGGUUUCUUACAAACAUAGGUGGCCCUAAUCCCAUACUAGUUAUCAAAUUUAAGAAUUCCUGAAAGGCAUCCUUGUUGUCACCUUCUGUCUUGCAGCUCACAGACUAUCUUGACAAGAAUUGGAAACUGCUGUUUAUUAGGUUAUAUGUGAUGUGUGUUUUUUCCAAAUCAAAUUCUUAUUUUUGCUUGCAUUACUUACUUUUUUGUAUGUAGGCACAAUUCUACUCACUAUUUGCAGUUAUUAUUUAAAAAUUACUUUGUUUACACCUUUGUCUAGGACAGCAGUUUUCAAACUUGUCAUGGACCCUUUGAAAAUGAGUGGGGGCCUCGGUGGAUGACUUAAACAUUUUUCUGCAGUGCACCAUCAAAAGCAGUGCAGUAUUAUGAAAAACAUGAUAGUUGGGUACCAAAGGAAUAAAACUGGAAAUUUGUUUGUCUCCUUUAUAUGCUGGUGCCAAAACCAGACAAUCCCAAUCAGUAACUUUUGGGCAGUUUGAGAUAUAUGGCUUCAUUGACCAAUAACUAAGAAAGCUCAACAUGUCUGGUACACUAAAAUUACAGGUUGACUCAAAAUACAGCAUUGGGCACCCAGAAUAUGAACCCUAGGCCUUGUUACCCUAUGCAAUAAAUUCAGUAUUGGCCUUAGCAAGCUUGAUCACUGUUAUGUUAAAAAAAAAUAAAUCGAGUUCAGCACCAAGUACAAAUAUUCUUACCAUUUCUGCAUUCUUUCCACAGUCUACACAAAUGGCAUCGUAAGCCACCAAGAGCUUCUGGACUAGGACAAUUUGCAAAUAAAAAUCUUAGUCAAAUCCAGUACUAGAUAAUUUAAUCCUGUGCUCUUGGCAGUUAAUAGCUAGUUUGGUAUAUGUUCUGGGGUUUCAACCCUGAAGGCAGAAAAAUGUGGACCUCAUAACUAGAGAGUAGGCACAUUUCAUUUUGGGGUGUUGUAGAAAGAGACAAGUAAAAGUGCCAUUAUUAAAGCCGUUAGCGCUGUCUCAUUUGGGUUACAAUACCCAUCCUUAGUCAAUUGUGUUCAGAAAUGAUGAAGUCAGAUUACAAGUGAACAUAAUAGCAACUGGAGCUACUGCUGAAUGAAAAACCUUCAAGAGAUGAGACUGGAAAUAAAGGGGUCUCUUUAUCCUUUUCUUUUUUUAAAAAAAAGGUGGUGAACUGUGAGAAGAGAACACUAGUGCUCCACAUAUCUCAUAGGUUUUUUUGGGUUAAAUAUUCUAGUGUAAGAACUAUUGAUUUAAAAUUAUAGUUUUGUACUCAGGCUGAGAUUAUGCAGUAAGUGAUGCUGCUUGCUCAUAAUCUCAGAUGCAAAGAAUCCUCAGCCUCAGAAAAAAAAACACUGGGCAUACUCAAAGUAAAAAAGAAGGUGCUAGUCUCAUCAUGAAGUUCGGUUGUGUAUGGGAGGCUGAUGCAAUUUACCAGCACCGUGGUCAAUAAGUCACCUGGAUCCCAUUGGAGAAUACCAAAAGAACUGAGCCAUCCGCAGAAGAGUUUUGCUAUAGAAAUAGAGAAGCAAAUAGAUUAAGCAUUUCAGUGGACUCUUAAGCAGGGAUCUUGUGUUUGCUGCCCCAUUUUCUUGAGCAUUGUUAGCCUUAUGGCAUGGUAUUUCAGGCUGUUCAGUUCUGUGCCUGCACUAAAAUAAUUACUCAUAUGACCCAGAGGUGUGCCUUAGAACAGUACUUUUUCAGUGCUCUUAUACCAUUGAUAACAUUUUUGUUAUUUAGACUGAUAGGAAGGAGAACUUGCUAAAAUGGCAGUUUCAUCAGGGAUUUCAUUGGGGCUGUUUCAAUAGAGGAAAGGGCUGAAUCCCCUUCCACAUGUUGUGUGAUCCUAGUCCAGAUUGGGACUCCCUGUGGUUACUUCUUGAAAACCACCACCAAAUACACAGAUGCCAAUGCAAAAAUGUAUUUGCUGUUGUGAUUUGAUCCUCUGUUGGUACAAACAGGUAGGAAGGAGCUACCCUAAACUACAUGAAAUAGUAAGCAAGAAAAUAGUAUUCCAUAUUCAUGAAUGCAAUCUAAGUCUUAGUUUGCACAAUGCACUAGGUGGACUAUAUAUAUAUAUUUGUUUGUUCUAAAUUCCGUAUACUUCAACAUUUUAAUGGUUUUUCUUAAAUUACAUAUUUUUGCAGGGUUUGGAAGAAAGGAUGUAGUGGAACACUUAUUACAGACAGGAGCCAAUGUCCAUGCUCGUGAUGAUGGUGGAUUGAUACCUCUUCAUAAUGCCUGUUCAUUCGGUCACGCUGAGGUAGUCAGCCUGUUGCUGUGUCAGGGUGCAGAUCCAAAUGCCAGAGACAACUGGAAUUAUACUCCUCUGCAUGAAGCUGCUAUCAAAGGCAAGAUAGAUGUGUGUAUUGGUAAGUGCAUCUUUCCAAAAAUAUGUCUUUUUUCAUUGGUUUUCAAUAGUAUUAUAUCUUAUGGGCCCAUAGUUGUUACUGUAUUUACUCAAGUCUAAUGCGUCAUUGAAUCUAAUGCACACCUCAGUUUUCAGAACCUUGAAACCAAAGUAUUUGCUGGCGAAUGUAAAUGUGUCAUCAAUUCUAAUGCGCACAUCAAUUUUUGCAACUUAAUUUGGCCCAAAAAGGUGAGCAUUAGAAUCGAGUAAAUACGGUAUCUUAUAACAAUAAUACUGAUACCAAAGCAAAAAUAUUCAGGUGCUACAGAAUGUCUGAAAAGGCCUCUUUACAUCAGUUCCUCUAUAUUUAUCAGCAAACUAUUAUGAAAUAUACAGAGAACUUAACUGAUACAAUCUUUGUUUUGGCUGUUCAUCAACUUCCUUGGUUCUUUGUUUUUUGAUGAAGGAUUCUGAUUAUAUCUCCAUUAUCAGCUCACAGGUAUUAUCCCCAGACCAACUCGCCCAUCGUGCAUAAACCUCUUGUGUUUAUCCUUCUUUCUGCAGCUAGAUUGUUAGUGGCCUCCUGUUGGAAGUCCAAAUCAUGUCCUUCCUGAGAGGAGUGGCUAGCGAAAGAUCAGAAUAUCUGACACAUAAAUGGAGAGUCCUUAAGUGUUCAUUAAAACAUAUCUUUUUUAUUUGACAUGGUAAAAGUUUUUUCAUAUGUUAACUCUGUUGAACAGCCCACUAAACCCCCUGCAGGUAAACUUGUGGAGAGGCUUUAUUGAGAGCUGAAUUGACACUCUCUCACACACCCCUUUUUAAAUAUGUGAUAGUUGAAUGCGGUAUUGAAUUCUCAAUUGUUUUCAGGUUUUCCUUCCCAUUGUAUUUUUUCCUUUUAUUUUUUCUAUUUCUGCAUGCAGGUCUCUUUUCACUUUUAAGGUAUUUUUGUAUUGGUUUAUAUCAACAUAUUUCUUUUUUUUUUAAAAUGAAGGAUUUUGGUCAGAUAAAUUAUAUUAUUUGUUCACCCUAAAGAAUAAGGGAGGAAAAAAAGGAAAAGUGAGCAUAAUCCUUAAUUAUCCGGAAUCUCUUUUGAAAGAAAAAGAAAUUUACAUGGCUGCCUGCUAGUGUAAAACACUGCACAAUACUUCAGUUUAUUGCUUUAGUUUCAUGCUUUCAUCUGUAUAGGAGUGUGAUAUCUAAUAUAUGAAAAACUGAGCUGAACAAAAAUUAGCAUUAUUAGUAAUCCAAAGUCAGACAACUUGCUGUUACUGCUAUGCUACCACCACACUAUUCUAUGUAUAGCCUGUGCAGAUUUACAGUCUAAUAAUUGUCUGGUAAGGCUUUGUAGCUUGCUAGCCUUCUGGAAAAAAGAUAACUAGGGAUGCAAUUCUGUGAGCUCUUUUCUGGUAGCUAGGCCUGUUGAACUCAAUGAGACUUGCAUCUGAGUAGACAUGUAUAAGAUAGCACUGCAAAUCUAUGUAAGACAACUAUACUUGAUGUUCAGGAACUGCAUGGCUAACUCCAUGGGCCAAAUGAGACUGUUUUUUUCUUUGAGCAACAACUGCCCCCUCCUCUCCCUGGAUAAGAUACUUUUGAAACAUGUUUCGAAGUCAUUUGAAAUGCAAAAAUGGAGGGGGAGAUGCUCUCUUGAUUGUGGCCUUGUGUUUGUGUGUGUGUAAUACAUUAUAUGGUUACUGGGACUAUUUAUGGCCAAUGUUUUCAUUCUGCAAGUCAGUUUUCAGAGCUUUCCUCCUUCUUUGCACAGUGCUACUGCAGCAUGGAGCUGAUCCAAAUAUUCGAAACACAGAUGGGAAGUCGGCCUUGGAUCUUGCAGAUCCCUCUGCAAAAGCUGUACUUACAGGUGAGAAGUAUUCGGGUUCUUGUUACCUUACCGUGUGUAAUCAGUCUCUUAAACUACUCCUUAUUUUUUCUACUAUAAAACAGCACAAAUGUACACAGCAUGUUUACAGAUUUCAUUGUAGUACUUAGUGAGGACCAAAUGUUAUAAAUAUUAUUUAUUUCAUAAAAUUUCAUAAAGUUGCUUGUUGUGCUUCCUUCCUUCCGGCACUCUACAACUGACUUGCAGUUAAUGUAUUUUGGUUGAACUGUAGUGAUACCGAUAUCAUUUUUCUAUAUAUUUACUUCAUUUACUAUAAACCAUUUCAAUCCUUUACAACUUAUAUACAGAAAGGAACUGAUGAUCAUUUGUAGAAUUAAAGAUAAAGUAGCAUAUCUAUAAGUUUACAUGACCAAAUAUGCUGAUUGAAAUUAAAUGAAGUCUGCAGUUUUCCAUAUCUGUUUAAAAGGGCUUAGGAGUUGUAGCAAGGGAUGAGAAGCUAAAAUCUAUAUUUCUAUUUUGGUGAUCGAUCAUGAUGUCACUGUCUUUCCUGAGAGAGUCUCACAUUUUGAGGCUGUAAAAGACAGUACUGAGUGAAAUGUUAGGAAUAUAGUUUAUUUUCUCAUCUGUUUCUUUAUUCACUUGCAAACAAAAAGGAAGUCAUUUGAGACUCAUGGGGAAUAGAAAUGAGGGAUGGUUUUUUUAUUUAUGUGAGGAAUGACACAGUAGCUUGCUAGAAUUAUUAUGGAAAGAAGAGUUUUGAGUCUGCAAAUUAUGUGAAUCCCUGAUGACUUUUCUCAUCAGAAUGAUUUUAUUUUUUAAAAAUUUAUUAUUUAGAAUACUUCUAUCCCACUUUACAGCUCUCAUAAGCAGCUUACAAAAGGUUCUCAAGCUAAAAUCAUGCUCAAAUCGAGUACAGAAACAGAAAUUACAAGAAGUCCAUAUGGAACCGAGGUUAUUUAAGGCAGCAUUUCUUUCCCUUGCCCUUUAGGGUGUUACCCCAGCUCCCACCAAAAUCCUCUGCAGCAAGGGUGUGGAGCUGAGCACCUGGGAGCCAUGCAGUUAGAGCAGGUGAAAUACUCCUAGAGAUGUUAAAAUAAAUUUUUUUUAAUGACACCAAACAAGUUAGUCAGUUUUGGUCAUUCCUUGGAAAAAAAUUUCUAGUUCUGUCCUGCUAGACCUGAUAACCUUGGUUAGUGCUUUAAGUAAGAUAGCCAUGUCUUUGUUAUUUGUCAGCAGCUUGUGGCUUCUGAAAAAUUAUCUCCGCACUUUGGAUCUGGCAGUUUAACUCUGUAGCCUGUAGUUUUUUAAGACAAUGCUUAACCAGAGUGUUCUUUUUGGCACCAUAUCUUCAUUAUAUUGAUACGGCACAAAUACAUCAGGCCAACAAUUUGGGUUGCAACUAGAAACAUAUCAGUUACAGUACUUUUGUUAGCAUUUACUGUUUGUUAAAAGAAAGGUGCUAUUGUUGAUUCCUGGAGUAACAACGUUGCUUGGUCAGGAAUAUGGCUGAAUUGCUCCAUAUGUAUAUUGCAAAUUGUUUACAUCGUACCUAAAAAUGCAUUCUGAAAAAUAGAGGGUAAAAGAUCACAGAUAGGAAGAUGAAGGAGCACCUUUCAUUGCUUUCCAAGACCCCAGUGUUUCUUCCUGCCUUCUAUGUUCCUGAGUAGGCAAUGAGGGUUGACUUUUGUUUCACACAAGCCAGCAUUCCAACACAGUUUAGGCCACUGUGUCAAUUUCACAGGCAAAGUUCUAUAAAUGCAUAGUCAGAUCCUAUGUCUUCAGCUGCAGCUAGUGAGUUCUUUAGUCGGAUGCUGCGCAUCUGCCAGGAAGGUAGAGAGAUUGCCGAUUUUAGGCUCAGCUAGUGCUGUAGCAUGUAAGACAAGCCAUCAACCUAUGUCAGUUAGGGAAAUUCCAGAAGUUAAAACAAUUUCCUAUUAUUUAUUUAAAUAGACUGCAAUAAUGAAUUCUGUAUGCUUUGUUAAUAAAUCAAAUUAUUUAAAGUACAGUUGAUAUGAUUUGAUCAAAGGGGAUUAUGAACAAACUCCUAUAGCAUCUCAGUUCACAUCCUUGCUUUGACCUUUUAGCUAAGCUAUGGUAGAGUCAUACUGUACUAAAUUUGGCAGAUAGUGGCAGCUAACAAUCCAUUGGGCUAUUAUUUUUAUCCUUACGAUAAGGUGAGGCAUUUAGAUGUCCAGUUAAAUUGGUCUUCCAAGUGACCCCUACAAUGUGCUGGGGUACAGAGAAGGCUAAGAACUCACUCAUAAAGACCAUUAGGUACAUCACACAUCCAGGUGAAAGAAUACAUGGAACUCAAGCCACUGAGGCCUCUGAUACUAUGUUUGGAAGACUCCAGAUAUAAACCCUAAAGAGUUACCGUAUUUUUUGCUCUAUAAGACUCACUUUUCCCCUCCUAAAAAGUAGGGGGAGAUGGUUGUGCGUCUUAUGGAGUGAAUGCAGGCUGCGCAGCUAUCCCAGAAGCCAGAACAGCAAGAGGGAUUGCUGCUUUCACUGCGCAGCGAUCCCUCUUGCUGUUCUGGCUUCUGAGAUUCAGAUUUUUUUUUCUUGUUUUCCUCCUCCAAAAACUAGGUGUGUCUUGUGGUCUGGUGCGUCUUAUAGAGCGAAAAAUACGGUACAUAGAAGUUAAGUCAAUACUCCACCUUGCCUUGUAUAGUCAAGUCUCUACUUGGGGACCUCAGACAGAUCUUUCCCAGUCAUUUAUUCUGAGAGUAAUACCUGGAGAUGUACUCCAAAUCUCACUUAAGCAGCGUGCCACGAACCGACACUGCCUUAUUCCUAGCUUUUGUGAUGCUGGUGUAAGAGAGAAUCUGCUGUGAAAGGUAUAGACCUGCACUAUUUUCAGUUUUAAGUGUUUUUGUGCUGUUAAUUAUAUCACCCUUCAGUUUAACUUCCCUCUCAGUCUUUUAUCUGUUUUUAAUGAAGGAGUUUAUGUUUUGGCAAAGAAAUGAAAAUCCUGAUAAUGUGAAUUUUUAAUACUACAUCUGUUCACAGGAGAAAGAAAACGUGCAUUCACCAGCUUAUAACAAAGGGAAAAGAAAAGCAAAUGUUCCCAAGCAAGCACAUUGCUAGGUACUUAAAAAGAUUAAGGGCACUGGUCCAUAGGCACACAUUAGCAUAUGCUAAAUUAUUUGUAUAGACACAAAUUGCAAUUUAAAUGCCACAGAAGGCAAGCCAACUAAUUUCCCAUCCAAAUCACCCCAUAUAUAUUAUUUAAUUAACAUGCACCCCAGCCCAGAUGAUCCCAAAUCAUUCCUCUUCAGUGUAUUUACCCCCAAUUAAUUUCCCAACAGAUUUCAGUCCAAAUGAUUUUGGUUUCCCUACAUAUACCCCAUCAUCUAUAUUUAAUCUUAAUUUAUUCCUCAAAUUUAUACAUUACCCAGUAACAAAGAUCACCCUGCUCAAUUCAGUUUCUUCAGCUCCAUUACCCACCGAGAAAAACUUUGAAAAAGAUUUGAGGCUGUGGACUAAUUUCUAGCAAUGCCGCUGUUCCCAAGGAAUAAAUGCUGGGGAAAGGGAGAAAGCCCUACUCAAAAACUGUUCCAGUGUUCCCUAGCUUACUUAUUUCACAUAAAAAGGGUGGGUGAAGUUUUUGCCACUUUCGUUAACCUUAAAAAUGUGUCACAGAAGCAACUAGUUUUAUUAUAGGUUGGUAUUUUGUUGAUGUAGCAGACUAAAAUACCUACUUUUUUACAUUUGUGUUACAUUGGUUGUGCUUGGGGAUCUUGGAAAUGUAUCCCUGUCCCAAUAGAGGCUACACAAAGUAGGAGCAUGCAUUUUGAGGGGUAGAGGGAGGGUGAUUCAGGGAGGGAAGAUAGCAUCACUUCUGGAAGCUACAUACCAAGGGACCCUCAGCUCACCUGUGCUCAAAUGCUGUGGGUCUGCCCUUGCCAGCCUGGUGAACCUUCUGGAGGGCACCAGGAUGGUGAAAGCUGUUAUAGGCUAAUCUAUAUUCUUACAAAGGGACGCAGGUGGUGCUGUGGGUUAAACCACAGAGCCUAGGACUUGCCGAUCAGAAGGUCGGCGGUUCGAAUCCCCGCGACGGGGUGAGCUCCCAUAGUUCGGUCCCUGCUCCUGCCAACCUCGGAGUUGGAAAGCACGUCAAACUGCAAGUAGAUAAACAGGUACUGCUCCAGCAGGAAGGUAAACGGCGUUUCCAUGCGCUGCCAGAAGUGGCUUAGUCAUGCUGGCCACAUGACCCGGAAGCUGUACACCGGCUCCCUUGGCCAAUAAAGCGAGAUGAGCGCCGCAACCCCAGAAUCGGCCAUGACUGGACCCAAUGGUCAGGGGUCCCUUUACCUUUACUAUAUUCUUACAAGUGACAAAUAACUGCUAACAGCCUUCUGCUGUCCAGUUAAAUACAUUUUGAUUUAUUAAUUAUCAGAGUUUUAAACUACAGACCUUGGACAAAGCGUUCAGUCCCGUAGAACUUGGCAAACAUGCAGUUGAUUUAGUUGUGAGGAACUCGGGCUGAUAGGUCAUGCUCAGGGUAGACCUUUUGGGUAAAAGUUACACUUCUGAAUUCUAGCAAAAAAGCUGUUUGUAACUUGAUGAAUACAGCAAACUAUCUGUGCCAAGGGUAGGGAACCUUUGAUCUUCAGAUGUUGUUGGAAUCUUAAUAUCCAUCAGCUCUAGCCAGUGUGACUAAUGAAGACAAAUGAUGAGCGCUGCACUCCAACAGGGUCACAGGUUCCUCACUCCUGUUCUCUGCCCUCAGGAAUGUGCUCCCCCCAAUACCCAUCAAAUACAUGUAUGUAUGCAUACAUAAUUCCUUGUGAUCUUGUUCUGAAAUCGUGAAGUAGAAGUUUUGCUAAGAGGUAUUGGCAGUAUUGUAACCUAGGUAAAAAUAAGGAGGAAUCACAGCUAAGGGUUUCUAUAUUGGCCAAGGUACGACUUACGGUUCUUGGUUUAUUUUUAGCUUCCUUGGAGUAGCAUUUUAAAUUUGCCAAAGUGUUUUAUAUUAUUUUAUUCUCACAACAGCCCUUUAAAGUAAGGCCAUAGUGCAAUUUUAUCAAAACAUGGUUUAUUCAUAUGCAGCCGUUCCACAUCUAAGCCAUAGGUGGCUGCAAUUUCCAAAAAAAAUUACAUAGUUCAGUCUGUUACAAAAAUAUAAGAAAAUUUUAAACAGUCAUAGACAAUAAAGGGUAGGUGGAAAUAGGCCGGCAAAACAGGGAGCAGGGCUUGUAGGUAAGAUGAAAAGAACAGUACUACCACUUUAAGGACUAUCAUGUAGAUUAUUGCAUAAGCUUUCUUGGGCUAGAAUUGUCUUCAUCAGAUGCAUCAUUCUUGGUAUUCCUUGACGUUUAUAUGCAAUAUUACUGUUAUACACUUAAAACCAAUUCAUCCUGGCAUAGCUACCUAGGUGGUGAACAAAAGAUGAGAGCUAGUCUCAUCUGGAGGUGGGAAGACAUGCAGACUUGACUUGCUCUAUGUGUUGUGUUAUGGCUUUCAGGGGUUCCCUGGAAACCUAAUGGGUAAUGGGGGAACAAGAUCUGUUUGACUGUUAAUUCUGCGAGUCCUUCCACCUUAUGCUCAGCCUCUCUCUGUAAAUAAAAUCAUAUAUCCACAAAGACACUGCAUUCUCUUGUGACCUUCAUUCUAAGAAAUCAAAACCCAAGGUUGGCACUGGCACUGGCACAACUCACAUUGGUUGGAGAUUGCAUUACACUGGCACCCUCACACCUAAAUCAGUGGGAGAAAACGUAUUUCCUCCUUCUGAAAGCAUCACUAGCUAGUUGUUUCUGUGUCAGCAUACAUGUACUUGUGCAGAUCUUUAGACAUGUGCAAAGGGUGCUUAACAAAAUAAACUGGUUUGAUUGCUUUAGCAGUACCUUCUGCUGCAGAAUCUCAUUUGACAGAUAUAAAACCAGAAGCCUGGAGGGACCCAAUAUAUCAUUCAACCCAACCCAACGCUCCAAUCCUUUAUUAAUACAUUUGCUAUAGGCUUAAAAUGCCACUGGGCUAUUUUUUUCAUUUCUCUUGUAAGCAGUGGCUAGUAGGAUAUCCCUUUGAAAAUGUACCACAUCAUUUUAAGUAAUGGUACCCCACAGCUACACCAUGCAAUGGGUCUAUGGCAAAGAGGAGGAAUGUUAAAUUAUGGCUCCAAAUCAACACCCCCUGCUGGGCUGAAUUUUCUGAGUGGGUGUUUGGGUUGUAAUUCUAUAUAAUGAAAUUAAUAGUGAACUAUAAAUGAGGGCCCCCUCCCAACAUUUUAUUGGAGAUCAGAUUAUUAUUUUGGUAGACUUGGUCUGCUUUUGCAGCCUGACAAGUUGGCUAUCCCCCUUUGAAGAGAAAAUGUUCUAUGAACAUGCUAGCAGCUGCUAUUCAGACAGUGGAAUGUGCUAUAGUGACCUAGCAAAUUGAAUUAAAAUGUUAGAUGUUAUCAUCUGCAAAGAAUUGUAGCAAUAAAUGGUCAAUCAUCCUGACUCCAACAUCUUCAGCAGUAAAAGCAGUGAUGUUAGGAGUGUAUUACAACCGUGAACCAGAGAACUGCUGCUGAUUUGCAUGUAAUUGCAGAAAAUUGUAGCAGCUUGCAUUUUUUUUAAUGAGGUGAUUGCGAGGACAUAGCUGAUGGAGAGCUUGUACUCUUUCCUGUGAUAUAUUUAUAAUUCACUGUGUGAGUCUAGACGUAACAAUUUUUUUAGAGACAGUAAUAAAAUAUGGAUUUACAUUUAGAUAUCAAAAUGACAGUUUGCACACUAACAAAUUUUCAGCAUAAAUAUUUGCAAUGACGUUAAAGUGGACAUCUUAAUGGAAAUGCAUAACGUAAUCUGCUGAAAGACCAAUGUUUCAUACCAAUGUUAAUACUUAACCUUUUUAGCUAUAUGACCAGUUGAGAUGAAUGGGAAUGAGUUUAGAAAUCAUGGUAGUUGGCAUGAUUCAGAACUUAUUAACACAUAUGUUUGAAAGGUGCUGAUGAACAUGUGAAUGUGAAUUUUGGACUUUGCAGUGUUGUUGCCUGAUCUGUCAUCCCUAUUUCUGUUCCUCCUCCCAUGGCCCUUGUUCAACUGUCUGUUUUCAGCUGUCUCUUACUUCCUUGCAAUUUCUGUAUUGUUGUCUCUGGUUAUAGCAUAUCUCUUUAUAUACAGGUAUAUUUUGAAAGCUUUUGCCUGCUUUCUUCUAACAACUCAAGGUCCUCUGGCAAUUUUGAGCGUGCGAAAAUCUAUCACAUAUUCCCCCUCUUUUCUCUAUAGAGUAAUGAGCUGUGGAUACAGGAACUGCUUGUUUAUAUACAAUCACAAUAGUGACAUCUUACAGUUGUGUUAAAAAUCUCCUGGUAGCUCUAAUCCACCCAACCCCAGUUGUUGGUUAACUUACUGUGAUACGAUGGAAUGUUUACGUACACAAAUAUUACCAAAAAAGCCUUGGGACUGUGUACCCUUCCUCUGCUGCUGGUGUUCUGUCUCCAUUGUGCUGCACUAACCCAGAUGUCUAGCAUCACCUGUUGACAAUAGGAGAGGCAGUUGGCAUAGUGUUAUAACAAUUUACUGUCACAAAUAGCAGAGCACCAAAGGCUUUAAAAAGUCACUGUGUUGCAUUAGAUUGAUGGCAUCACUGUCUGUUUUUCUUGUUAGAUUAAGACAGAACAUAAAAACUUUUCAUCUUGUAAUAAUUUGCUGCUUCAGAUUUUUUUAUAGGAAAUAGAUCUCUGAGAGGCAUUAUUGAGUUUAUAUCUGUCCAAGUUUGACUUUUAUGGUAGUUUGUUUGGUGCAGCCACAGUUCAUCCACAACUUCAGUGUAAUGAGCUGCAGAAGGUGUGGAUAUAACUGAUAGAGCAGUUUUGAUAUGAUUCUUGUGCAUUGUACAAAAUGCAUGUGGAUCUAUUUUAGCAGGGGUGGCGUGACAAGGCUCUCUGGGCCAGCUCAACUCCAUGACAACCAUAGGACUGUCCCACGUUGUCACUGGCCGAACACAUGGUUAGGACAUACCCUUGAUUUUAGUCUGCAGCUCAGGUCAUGGGGGUGUAGUCUGGAUUAUUUUGGUGGUGGUGGUGUGAUUUAACCCUAUUGGUAUGGUCAGACCAUCUGUAGCUUGGUAUUGCAGUGCAGAUCCCCACUGCAAAGUUGAGGGGCCCAUGAGGAUGGCCUGCCCCUGGAUACUUACAGAAUCUGACAGAUGCAUGAAUGCUUUGGGAGAUUUUCCACAAGUCAUAUUUGGCAAUUGUAAUAUAUUAAGCCGUUUAUAAAGGCUAAUUAAUUAAUUAACAACACUUCCCAGGUUACUUAUCUUUUUGCUCCCCUGCCCCCAAGACCCACAAACUUUGGCAGCAAUGACAAAAACAAAAAGAAUUAAAUACAGCACUGGGGUGGAUGGAGAGGUUUAAGACUCUGAUCAACCGGUGCUCUGAUGGAGAUGCAGUUUCCCCCUUCUCCUGUCGCAAUCCUAAUACUCUGAUGAGUGGGGAGGGGACUGCAGAUGUCUUAACUGCAUAGGGGUGGCACAUGAAAAAGUGCCUAUCAUAAUGAUAUUAAAUGCUGACAUACGUAAAGGUGGUGGUCUCUAAGGUAUGGGAUAAAUGACAAAAUACCAUCUACCUCAAUGCUUAGAUAAUGUUUCCAAAGUCUGAUAAGGGGUAAGAGCUCAUCCACCUUACCAUGAAUCUUCAUGGAGGCUUUUAGACCAUGCCCUGGUCAUUUUUGUUUUUAAAGGCACAUGGCAUAGCCACCUUGCUGAAGCCAAGCAGGACUGCAUCUAGGAAGCAGAUGUAAUCAGCUUUGAGUUGUAUGGUGGAGGAAGGCAAGAUAUACACACACUAAAUAAAAUACAGGUACCCCAUAGCAGUGCUCUUACUUUAAGAACGUUUUCCUUCAGCACCCUCAUUUUCAAAAGAUAAAAUGCCAAACAGGUUGUUUCCCUGCAGCGAAGCCAUCACUGCUUCAGAUCUCUCCUUCAUUAUGUUGCUGCAAUUCUAACAGUACUGUAGUAGCAUUGGCUAUCCCCAGCAUUGAGCUAAGGCAGAAAUCCCUUCCAGUCCAGCAGCAUGUUCAUGUAUCCUCCUUUGUUUGAAGGGCUGUCCAAUCAUCUUGUUCAAAGAAGGGAGGCCUUGACGUUAACAUCUUGAUUGCUUAGGCCACCUGGUCUCAGCCUUCCUUGUAAUGUUGAGAUUCAUUGGAUUUAAAAAAUAAAUAAAUUCUAGUAAUUGCUUCUAAAUGUGUAUUUAUACAUACAUAUUAGCACAUGCACAUUUUAUUGUGUGUGUGUGUGUGUGUGUGUGUGUGUGUGUGUGAAUGGCCAUUCUACUCCCCCCGAUGGUUGUUGGUACAAGCCUUAAAGCCAACAACCUUGUUCUUCAUUUGCCCUUCUGGAGUGAUAUAGCUUACAAUUUCUGGGUGCCUCUUCCCUUAAUUCCUCGGUUCUGUUGGCAGGCUGCCAACUCAUGAGCCUGGGAGACACUCCACUCCAGUACUUCCUAUAUGCCUCUAUAGUUUUAAAAAUGGCUUCAGUGAUUCACUUUGCAAGAGAAGACAAGGAGGCUGCUUGAGGCCUGCCUGAGGGGAAAAGUAGCUGAAGAAGUUAAGUUGGUCAUCUCAAGGGAGUGCAUGUUGCAAGUCAUAUGUGCAGGACAUGACCCUGGGCAGUACAAUCCAGUUAGCCAUCAGUAUAACAAGUGCCCCUUCAGGUCCAUUAUUCCAGUUUAAUUUUUUUAAAAAAUGAUAUUUAUUAAAGUUUCAAAGAAAAGAUUACAUAAAUAAAAAGAGAAAAAAAAGAAAAAGAAAUAGAAAAGAAAAAAAUACAAAAUACAGAAAAAAGAUAAAAAACACUUAAAAACACAUCAAUCUUUCCAUGCCUUACAUUUCAUUUCCUUGCUUCCCUGACCUCCUCACACCUCCCUUUUUUGUAUUCCAGUUCUGUUGGUUAAUUCAGCAAUUCCUUUCCCUCUUUGUUUUUGUCUUAAUCUUUUAACUUAAUAUAUUAUAACUUUGGAUUUUCACCUGUUAACAAUCCAUUUUUACAUACACCUUUAUAACAUUGCUACUAAAACCACUUAACUUCAUUCUGACAUCAUUCUAACAUUCAUUAAUUUUGCAGUAUUUCUGUAAAUAGUCUUUAAAUUUCUUCCAAUCUUCUUCCACCGACUCUUCUCCCUGGUCUCGGAUUCUGCCAGUCAUUUCCGCCAGUUCCAUAUAGUCCAUCACCUUCAUCUGCCAUUCUUCCAGAGUGGGUAAAUCUUGUGUCUUCCAAUACUUUGCAAUAAGUAUUCUUGCUGCUGUUGUGGCAUACAUAAAGAAAGUUCUGUCCUUCUUUGACACCAAUUGGCCGACCAUGCCCAGGAGAAAGGCCUCUGGUUUCUUCAAGAAGGUAUAUUUAUAUACCUUUUUCAUUUCAUUAUAGAUCAUCUCCCAGAAAGCCUUAAUCCUUGGGCAUGUCCACCAAAGGUGAAAGAAUGUACCUUCAGUUUCCUUACAUUUCCAACAUUUAUUAUCGGGCAAGUGAUAGAUUUUUGCAAGCUUGACUCGUGUCAUAUACCACCUGUAUAUCAUUUUCAUAAUAUUCUCUCUUAAGGCCAUUAUUCCAGUUUAAAAUCCAAUCAUGCUAAUCAAGGAGUCGCCAUGUCAGCUAAAGCAACAAAAGAAAACUCAAUCAAGAGUAGUAGUGGGGUAGGAGAACUGAAAAUAAUGCCAAUAUAUUUCACAUCUGGCAACCAAUGUGUCUCUUUGGUUUCAGAUAGUACAUGGGUAGAUGAGUUUUAAAAGCCUGGGGCACAAUUUUUCAGGGCACUCUAGAGGCUAUGGUGGCUCAUCUACCAGAAGUAAUGUAUUUAGUUUUAACUCUGGAAGUGUAUAUGCGAUUCUGACCAAACUAAGCAUCCUAGAGCAAAAGAUACACCAGGAGACAGGUAUUGGAAAACAUGACUGCCCAGGAAUUAUGCAUUUCUUGUAUCAAAUCAGUUUUGGAAUUUGCUCUAAAGUCUUUGUUUACAAGUGACUAUAAACUUCAGGUUUCCCAGUAAAAAAUGUUAUGGUUGCCUAGAUCCACUCUACCUGUAAUCACUUGCUGAAUCACUCAAACUGCCAGGCCAGAACCUGUUGUCCUCCUUUGCUUUUCCUCCACUACAUCUGGUUUCUGCUCCUUUGGGCACAUUUGCUGUAUGUCAGGCUUCCUCAACCUCGGCCCUGCAGAUGUUUUGAGACUACAAUUCCCAUCAUCCCUGACCACUGGUCCUGCUAGCUAGGGAUCAUGGGAGUUGUAGGCCAAAAACAUCUGAAGGGCCGAGGUUGAGGAAGCCUGCUGUAUAUAGUCCUUUUAAGGACUCCAUACAGUCUCCUGCCUCCUGAUGGCUGAAAGAGAGUUCUCUUUUCCAGUUGCCAAGAAACCUUUUUAAAGGGCUCCCUCUUGCUUACUGUUCUUGCUCUUGGCUUCAACAUGCCCAGGUUCUCUUUCCCAUUGCCCAAUGGUGCUUUGAUUGGUGAUUCACACUCUCUAUUCUGCCUUCUGGAGAACCUUUCCUUACAAAUUAUCUGCUCCUUCUGUCCCCCGUGUGUGUGUGUGUGUGUGUGUGUGUGUGUGAGAGAGAGAGAGAGAGAGAGAGAGAGAGAGAGAGGUUUUUGUAUGUCACCCUCUGGUCCUCCCUUCCCAGCUGCUCAUAACUGUGCCCUAGUUUGUAAAAUGAGUCCACAGAGAAAUGAGUCCACUACUGUUCUUCCUUAAGCAGCACUGACCUCCACCUCACCCUUCCUUCUCUUGCACCCUGUGUGCUUGCUCUUUCUUGUAUGCAUGUUGUUAGGUUAGUUGUGGUUAGAAUCAAUUGGCUAAUUCCCUCACACUAAAGAACUUUGUAUUGUUACUGAGUGAUCAUCAUUGCCAUAAAAGAGAUGCAUUGUUGCUGAGCUAUUCCUCACUGAAGUAUUAAAUAUGUAUAUUUUGAUUCUCUCCAUUUUAAGACCUGUGUGAGUGUUAAGUUGCUGGGUAAAUCUGCCAAUGCACUUUGUUGCCAUUGUCUACAUAUCCUAAUUCAUGACUCUUCUAGAACAUGCAUAUGUAAAACAAGUGUCUCCUGAAAGCCUAAGUAUACAAAUAAUUCUGCCAUUCGUAGCUGUAACCAUCUUUAUGCUGCCCUUUCAUAUAUGAAUAUAUUAAUUCAUGGAUCCGGUUUUCUUGGCUGGCCAGGAAGAGAGUGAUCCGAGAGUGGAGGAUAUCAACAUCAGUCCCUUGUCAUGACUGCAUCACUUGUUGCUGAGAUUUUGACUUUCAGCAGCUUACCUUCUCCGCAGAGGCAGGGGCCCUAUUUGGAUGGUCUGCUUUUGGAGGUUGAUGGAGCAAAUUGGUUUUCAGAUGACCUAGAGCCGGUGGGGCAGGGGUGGGAUUUUCUGAUGGGUACAGUUGAUGCUUUGUUGAAGCCCUGGCUGAUCUGUGUAAUAUGCAGAAGGAUUCUUGGUCUGUUAACGUUAUCAGCCCUAAAUAUCCUCUCUUGCUUCAUAAAGCUCUUCUAACUUCUUGGUAUACACCAGAGCUUAGGGCAAUGAAGCAAGGUUGGAGAUGGCUUUUUCGGAGGUAAGUGGAGCAAAACUUCAGGUGAAUACAACCAAACACCCGUGAGUGCUCUUCAUCGAGCCUAAUCUUUGCUAGUGAAGAAGACAUACAUUGCUGCUUCCAUUGCAUCCGCACUGUGUUGUCUGGUGGAGCUUUUCAGGUAGUAUGGGGCCUUUUACAUUGUCCAAAGGAGGCAAUAGAAUGGACAAUGGCUUGCUGUGUCUUGUUUGCCAAGCAUUUUGAGGAUAAAGUCUUGUGCAUCUGCCCAGGAUCUUGGCUCCGCUGUUACAGAUGAAUCUCAAGAGGUGUCCAGAGCACUUUCUAGUCCCCCUGUUCUCGAUCAGUUUCAGUUUGUAAGGAUGUGGACAAAGUGCUUGGUUUGCUUUGGUCAUCCACUUGUGCUCUUGCUGAUAGUGAAUAAUGGACCACCAGCUGGGCCAGGGGGGUAAUUAAUGCCUCAUGCAAAUAGGGGGUAGUCCAUACCUACCUAAAGGUGAUUGUAAGACCACUCCUUAAGAAAUCCUCAGUGGAUUCAAAAACGUUAAUUAUCUAAUGUCCCCUUUGAGGGGAAGGUUCUUGAGUGUUUGGUCGUGGGCCAGAGCCAAGCUCUUUUGGAUGAAACCAAUUUUCUAGAACCAUAUCAAUGGGGGUUUAGGCCUGGUUUUCACACAGAAAGUGCUUUGGCCACCCUGUAUAAUGACCUUUGUCAGGAAGAAGAGUUUGGAUUUGAUAUCCCGCCUUUCACUCCCCUUCAGGAGUCUCAAAGCGGCUAACAUUCUCCUUUCCCUUCCUCCCCCACAACAAACACUCUGUGAGGUGAGUGGGGCUGAGAGACUUCAAAGAAAUGUGACUGGCCCAAGGUCACCCAGCAGCUGCAUGUGGAGGAGCGGAGACGCGAACCCGGUUCCCCAGAUUACGAGACUACCGCUCUUAACCACUACACCACACUGGCUCUUAAGAGAAAGAGAAGGGUGUGUGUAUGCCUGUUAAUUCUCUCUUAGGAGAAAGUCAAGGGUGUGUGUAUGCCUGUUAAUUCUCUUUGAUCUCUCAAGAUGUGUUAUGGUAUAGUAUGUUAUUAUUCUGGAGUGAAUGCCCUAGUUGGGGUGGGCAGCACCACUCACAGCUACAUGAAACCACUGAGUAAGGUCAUCGGGAGUUUGGGAGUGGUUGUCAGCAAUAUGUUGAUAAUAGGCAGAUCUGUUUCUUCUUUCGAUGUCGCAAUGGACUAGAUGAGAACCAAUAAACUGAAGCUUAAUCCAAAUAAGUAUUCGUGGGUUCUCUAGAUUGGCUGGGUGGGCCCUUGCCUGUUCAGGAUGGGGGUUGCACUCCCUUGGAAUGAAUAGUUGCACAGCUCGUGGGUGCUUUUGGAACCACUACGCUUGUCUGAGACUGACAUGGACUUAGUGGUCAAAGUGCUUUCCAUCAGCUUUGGUUGCUGGCCCAGCUAGACCCCUAUGAGGAUAAGGAUAGCCUAACUUCUGUGGUCUGUGUCCUGGCAAUAGGUUAGAUUACUGCAAUGUGUCAUAUGUGGGGUUACAUUUGGAGACUACAGCUGGUGUAGAAUUCAGUAGACUGAUGGCUGACCUGAGCAAGAUGGACUGAUCAUAUAGCACCAAUCUUGGCACAAGUGCAUUGUGUACUAGUAGGUUUGUGGACUCAAUUCAGGAUGCUGUUGGUGACCUAUAAAGCUUUAUGUGGUUCAGGGCCUCGGUAUACCAAGAUAUAUCUCUUCCACAUAAAUCAGUCUGGACUCAACAUUCAUCAUCUGAGGUUCAUGUCUGUGUGCCCCCUCUGAGGGCCUUCUCAGUGGUGGCUUUCUUUUUGUGGAAUGCUUUUUACUCUUAAUUUGUAGGGGAAAGGCUCUUCUGCUCAUUUUUUGAGUGGCGUGGGUUGAUUUAGAUCCACCCAUUUGUGUACUGUGUACAGUAUUAUGGAUGAACAUUUUAGGUAUUUAUUUUAUUCCUGUUCUUAUACUUGGCUUUAUUUAAUGUUUUGUUUUUAUAUUGCAAGUUGCUUUGUGUCAAAAGCAACCAGCAAAUAAUAAUGUAGUUCUUUGAAAUUCUGCAGAUUGAACAAAGAAACUUGUGCACUUUCCAAUUUAUUCAUGCUUCGGCAGGAUAUGGUAAAGUCUGAAACAUGCUUGUAACCUCAUUUUGUGUUGUGGUACUAGCAAGGUUGUUGAAUGUAAAGCAAGAAUGCCAAUGAUCCUCAAAAUGCGUAAGUGUAUUUCACCUAGAGAUAAUAGGUUAUCUGCUUCGAAUAAAAUAAUUAUAUCUCUCUAGCAUUGUUAGCAGUUUGUAUUUGCAUGUGAAUAGUAAUGUUUAGUGUUUCCACUUAGGUGCUGCAUACAAGGUUGUAACUGAUGGCCAGGAUCCAAAGUAACAGCUGGACUAGUUCCACGUGCCUAAGGGGAAUUUAUUGAACAGCAGAACCUUGUCUAGUUUAUGAUAUGGUAUUAUCCAUUAUUCAGAAGAAUAAAAAAUCCUACUCGUUGCACAGAAGUCCUUGGACACACCCAAUAAUCCCUCUAGCACUCAGGCAGCAUGUUCUGAAUUUCUUUUUUCUUUAGAAGGAGCAAAAAUACAGUGUAAGGGGGAGUGAAUAAAACUGUAUUUCCCUCUAGUCCUUAUGGUGAUAUUACAGUAUGAGAAGGAUUAGACGACAUACAUUGGACGCACAAGGUCUCUGGUACUUCCAGCUAAAGCAGGCAUGUCCAAAGUCUGUUUCCGGGGCCUAAUCUGGCCCCCGUGGCAGUCCUGGGGUAAAAUCCUUUUUAAAAAGCUCAGCAACUUUGGGGUAAAAUUGUAAAAAAAGCUCAGCAAACUUUGAUCGGCCCUCACAUAUGUUCACUUCAUCAAAUCUGGCCCUCUUUGAAAAAAGUUUGGGCACCCCUGAGCUAAAGGAUUUUGGCUAGCAGGGUUGGGAAACAGCUCUGCCUGAGGCCUUGAAAAACCAUUGAUAUAGUCAGUGUAGACGAUGAUGGGCUAGCUAGGCCAAUGGGCUGACACUGUAAGGCCACUUCAUAAGUUGAAUCCUAUGAAGGCAAGUCUGUAUUUAUUCUUCACAGAUAUAAGUUGCAUUUGCAUGUAACACUGAGCCCAAACUGCAUGGUUUCUUUUAACUAUAAUAUGUAUGAGGUGUAUUACCAGUGAAUACUCCUGUUUCCUCCUCCGUUGAGCUGGCAAACAAACCAUAGAGUUACUUCUGAGCAAGGAUUUGUGCUUUGUUUCUCUCAAACUGCAACAAAGGAGCCCAUGUUUUGUUUUUGGUUUGUUUGAGAGAAGCAAAUCAUGAAUGCUGAUUAAGAUGUGAUGUUAAGCCAGCCACUUCAGGGCUUGUUUCCCCACCAACUAAGGAAGGAGUAAAAUGGGAUCUCUUGACAAAUUACACAGUGUGGCUUAGUCUUGUGUAUCUGUGGCCAUUGAAUAGAAAUUAUGUGUGUGCUCUCCAAAUAUCCCCACAUUGAUUUAACAUUCAUUCAGUAGUUGUGUCUGUGUGUGUGGAUUUGUGCAAGUGUCCCUGGCAGGUGAUUUUAAUGGACAUGUUGCUAGCCAUAAUUGUAAAGUGCAAUGGUUUUUAAUUGUAAUAUUUCUGUGAGCGAAAGGGCAAUGUUAAGAUGGCCUGGAUACCGUAGCUGCUAUUGUGAGGAUUAUUUUAGUUGUAAUUUCCUGACUUUAUGGCUCUUAAAUUGAGGUGUACUCAGCAUUUCCCAGUUCAGGUUUUUGCAACUUUUAAAAUUUGAAGACCUGAGGAUUCAAAUCAUACUCUUCAAAUCAAAAAGCUUCAGAUAUUCCAUGGAACCCUUGGCACUGGGAGUUUAGCUAGAGUUCAGGACGUGCAUUUAGAAUUUUGCCCUAAGAUACGAAAACAGCCAAAUAACCUUUUAAUGGUAGGUUUUAAGUGCAGCUUUCUGAAUGCUUUUGCCGUUCCCCAUCUCUUUUGAUGCAUUGCUUUCCUUAAGGCCAGAAGCAUGCUCUUAUGAGGCAGUGGCUUAGGAAGUUCUGACGUAAAAUAAUUGUUUUGCAAGAUACUGUCAAGCUAGAAAGGCAUUCAGGGGGUUGUGGCUUUACUUUUUUUCUUACGUUUUCACGCUAUGUGAUACAGUGAAUAGGAAAAGUGGGGGAGGAGACAUCGUAUUCAGCUGCCAUGCUGUUAUCGGAGGGAUUGUUUCUAGAUACAGGUUGAGCAUUCAUUGGUUGUCUGAAGAAAGCCAUUUCAUCCGAGGAUUGGACAAGAAGCUGCGUCAGUUUGCUGCCCGUCUCCAAGGCACUGGUGAUGCUGCCUCCACAAGCUGGCUAACGUCACAGCUCCAUCACCCAGCGGGGUGUGGGCUCACUCUCCCCCCCUCCCCCGUUCUGUUUAAUUCUGUAUUUGCUUCCUGCUGCAUUUCUUAAUCUGUCUUCUGCCAAAUGCUAACAGCAUGAUAUUUUGCAAUCAUUUAGGUGAAUACAAGAAGGACGAACUCCUGGAAGCUGCUAGGUAAGUGCUGCUCAGAAUACAAAUGGUUUUUGAAGGGAGGAUGUAGAAAGCCGGGAUGAAAAAUGGGCUUUUAUGAUCGCUGUCAUUCUGUCAUUACCCUAUUAUGAAAUUAUGCAGAUAAACAAGGCUUGUUAGCAUGGGUUGCUUUGGAUUUUAGCCACUUGCGAAAAGCAAAAGAAUGUGUUUAUUUGUAAUCAUGCAGUAUGAUGGGGGUGCUUGCAUUUUGACAUAAUGUGCUCCAAAUUUCAUUUAUGUUUAGAGUGAUCAUUUUAGAAAGAAACAGUAUAUUAGGACAUUUUCUCUUUAUUUUAUACCUGAAAGGCAUAUUUCGCAUUUUCUUAUUAAAGCCCAUCAUAAGAAACCUUGAGCAAGAGCUCUGAAGCUAUUUAUAGCGUCUUGGGGAAUGUAACAAAAAUAGGUGUUUGGGAAACGUCUUUUCGGCAGAUACAUAAAACCAAGUAAAAUAUAAAUUAAACAUUAAAUUGAUGUAAAUCUUUUACAUGGUGUAUUCUUAAAGGAACUGUUUCAAGUGUCUGUUUUUUGCAAUUUGAAAUGCAUAUUAGAUGGUUCUUUGAACAUGCCAGUAUAUAGAACAGUAUAUAAUGUGAAACUCCAUUUCAAAUAUUUUAUAAGGGGCUCUCCCUCUUUCUUACUUCUCUAUCAUGCAGGAGUGGUAAUGAAGAAAAACUAAUGGCUUUGUUGACACCUUUAAAUGUGAACUGCCAUGCAAGUGAUGGGCGAAAAGUAAGUCUGUGCAUAUUUAACACAUUUUGUCAUUUUCCCCCCUGACAGCUAACCUGCAUGCCUUGUCAAUUUGAAAAUAUUUUUAACCCAUCACUUAUGUGGAAGUGUUUUAAUUCGUGUCUGUUAACUAUGAAAUUAAAUGAUGCUAUGCCUAAUAUUGAUGGUAUGUGACAGAUUGACAGAGGCAGUGGAGCGUGCACUUGAAAUCAUGCUAUUUGUUUCAAAUGUCAACUGUUGGGCUGUGCUUCAGAUAGUUCAGCUAUAAAAAUAAACUGCAUGUUUGGGCUGUUAAUAGCUGUAAAAUAACAGUCUGUCUAGUAUUUUCUUUUUUGUGGUAUUGUUCAGUUAAGAAAGGUAGGAGUCCAAGCCCCUACUACUAUGCUUAGCAUAGCUAAUUCCAUAUCGGUAUGAUUUGUGCCUAUUGAAUUCUCUUAACUUUUGAUAUUUUUAUGCUUUUGAUGUCUGGCUGCAGCUUUAUAUAACGGGGAUAUUGAAUGAAAUGGAUUGGGUUAGAAGGGGAAGGGAAGAACCUACAAUGACAGGCUACCAGCCAGACUUCAUGACAUGUUCUCUUAAAUUACAUAAUGUGCAUUUGACCAUUUAAUUUCGCUGCUUAGCUUUGAAAUUUUGUAAUUGGUAUACUAGAAUUUGCUCUUGGGACUGACCCAGGUCCACACAGAUUAGGAAUCUUCUCCUUCAGUGGCUAUUUUUAGGGUUUGCCAAAAUCUUCAUAGCAUAGUCUCAAACAGGGAUGACCAGCUGCUUUGGCCUGCAAGGCUGGAUCAUUCCUGCCCAAGCUGAGCUGAAGAGGGAAGACUCGUAAAAACUGGGGCAUGUUGUGGCCCUUGGUCUCCCAGUUGUCUAUUUUGGAGCUAAAUCUUUUUAAAAAUAAGUUUAUUAAUUUGCAGUGCAAAAAGGGCCAGUUUAAAUAUUUUUUGACACAAACACUAUAGAGCAAGGCUCAUGUAAGUGCCAUUUAUUUCAAUGUUUAUAACUGCUUAUAUUUUAUGGGACCAUGCCCUUUCUUUUUAAUAAUGUUGUGUGUAUAAUCUGUAACUGAGCAAAAAUUAAACCCACCAGAUUCUUGAUUGGUUGUACUGAUUUAAAACUUGGCAGCAUGCAUUGCUUGUGUGUGUGAUUAUAUAUAUUGUUUUGUUUUUAUUUAUAUGUUAGAAUGACCAUCAGUUGGUUUUACUGUCACAAUGAACUAUAUACACUACCCUCACCCCCAUUUGUCCGCAACUAAGUACUUCUGAAUCUCCUUAGAACUGUCUGUGCAAGCAACUUACAUUUAGGAAUUAUUCAGAUGAUUUGUAGUACUGUAUUCUUAGUCUGAUAGCAUGGGGAAGUCUUUUAAGUGAUGAUAUGCAACUGUGUGUGUUUAUUUAAAGAGUUUUCUUUUAUAAUCAGUGUUCUUAAUAUAGAAGUCCUGAGCAGAACUUUUUUGUGUAGCUAAAUCCCCACAGAUAGUUAAAUGAGGCCCCAAACAAUAUGCCAUCAAGUAUAGUAUUAAUGGUUCAGGAAUAUAAUGUAUCUGAAUGUUCUGAAAGGGAAUACAAAGGAAAGAAAUUCAGUGUAUUUAAAACAAUUGAGAUGCAGUAGCAGAUAAAUUGAUCAAAACCAACAGAUUUCUAUUCAAAACAAAAAUAAAAUUAUUAUUAACAACAAAACAUUUAUAUAAUGAGUAUAUUUGGUAGCUACUGUUGAGCUCCUCUGUUGAGAACUGUUCCUACCAUGUGAUGGAUCUUGGGGUAUCCCUACAGGUCAGCAAAUGCUUAUUUCUUUUUAAUCUAUUACUGUAACUGUGGAGGCACCAUUCAGUUCUCUCCCCUAUCAAAAUGGCUCAUGUCUUCUUUGUUGAAAGCAUAGUCUCCAAUAUUCAAAACUCUGCAGGACUCUGACCUGUUCACAGAUAUCCACCUGUGCAGCGAUUGCCCUCGCUUCUGUCAGGGAACAAGUCACAUAUCGCAUAGGGAACAGUGCAUACGUAAUGCUUUUGAACCUUGAACCUUGAUUGGGGUUGGGGAAUGCUGCUGGCUUCUGCAUUGACCAAAGGAAUGCGAUUUUGAGACUCUUGCCUUUCAAUAUGUCUCAUUCUGUGAUACUGCUGAAGCCUUUUGCUCCUUUCCUUCAUCUGGCAUCCCCAAGGUUCAGUAGUGUACCAAAUUGGAUAAGUGCCUCGUUGCUCUGGUUUCACCAUUAGUAUUAAAUCCACCCUAAAAGCCACCAAAAUCAACAGCUGGCUUCAGGUGGAAUUCAGCAUGGCACUAUUACAAAUGUUCCGUCUAUGCAAGCAUAUCAGCUUGCCAGAUGACUCCCCAUGUGCUGUUUGGGGUGUGUGUGUUCUCCCCCCCCCAUGCCACUGGGGGGGGGCACAUUGGGAUGGUGGUGAUACAGAGAGGAAAGCCCCAUUGUGCAAGUUGAAGUCCUUGUGCAAGACUUCGUUGAGGUUCGUUGGGUGAAUCCCACCCUUCAUCUAUGGGUUUCAAGACUCCACUAUAUUAGGCAGGAAAUACCUAAGUUGAGUACCAGGUUACAUUCUGCCAUCUUUCCAUGUCUAAGCAUCCAAUUAGGCUGAAAGGAGUUAACCAGGGGUGUGACCUUUUAGUUGGCCUAGUAAAGAUUGCCCUCAUGUGGAUUUGGAAUUUAUCUGGGAAAUUCCCUUUAUUCUCAUUCUCUCUCUCUCUCUCACACACACACACGUACACACACACACAUACUCCCUUUACCUCUCUCUAUUAUGUUCAGAUAAAUGAGUAAAAUGGUUUGAGCUUCAAAUACUUGACAUCGUUGAUAUAGGAAGAUAGGCUAUGCAUGCCUAAAUAAGAGACCAUGGAGCAAGCCUUAAUUUUGGGUUAGGAAAUCCCAGCAGUCAGAGUAAUGACUGCUGGCUGUGAAAGAUUCAUGCGCACAGCAGUCAUUACUUAAAACACUAGUGUUUGUGCAACACAAACUGGUUCUAGGCACCAACAUUAAUUGCUUAGCUGAAAUGUGAGGAUGCGCUUUUUUGUUUACAGUUAUAAGAGGCUGUAAUUCUUCAAUAAAAUCUUCAACACUGUAUAUUGUAUAGAAUUUUGAAGAAACAUGUAUACUGUUGAAUUCCAUCAUUCAAGCUCGUAUUCUACUGAAGUUUUAGUACCUAAUAGUCUCUGCUUAUUAAUAACAGCUAGAGGUUGGGGUUUUGUGUGGGGAAAAAUGACUCCAAGAUACUAUAAAUAAUCCUAUCAGUCAUCCUAUAUAUUUUUAGAACCAUUUGUGCAGUUUUUUGUAUUUCUAAUGAACCCAUGACCCUAUUAUCUGUCAAUGAAUUGAAUUGUAAAUGAAGAAUUGGCUAGUAUCUGUGUUUGAAUUCAGAAUGCCAGGUGAUGAUACAUAUUGGCAGGAAAUCAAUGGCAAAUAUGCUCAUCAAAGAUUAAAAAAUUAAACAGUAACACCAGGAAAAAUAAAUUCAGUUAGCUAAUUCAGUUAGACAAACUAAGUAUAUUGUGUUGACACAAUACAGAAGAAAAUGAUACAAACUCAAUUUCACAUUACCAAACAACUUUUACAAUAUUGCAUUAAAAUAAAUUGCCUCUGCAUUACUCUCCAAAAAGAUCUUGCAAAGCUUAGCUCUGCAUAAAUGCUUCUGUGUGACACAAGGGAAGUUUUUAUAGUGGGCAGCAAUGGAACCGCAGUUAUCCCUUUGGAAGCAGUCAUAUACAGCAAGGCUAGGAAACAAGUCACUGAACUCCUUCUCCCACCAGUCAAAGCCUGCAAGGCCAAUGGUCUGGGAUAAUGUUGUUGUAGUCUGACAGCAUCUGGAGGGCUGCAGGUUCCAUAUCAUUGCAGUGAUGUCCAGAGUCCUUUUACCUCAGCAGCCCUCGUGGUUACUGAUACACCAUUUAAAAUGGCAGUUACUUAUUCCAGCUUUACUGCUGGUGCUCAAGCCAUCAUAAAACACAUUAUAACAACAUCUGCUAAUUUAUUUACUUCAAAGCAGUGAGAUUCUGAGGGUUGUCAUCAGUGUUUGUUUACACUGGAUGAGACUUUAGACCAGAAAAGGUUUCAAUGUGUGAUCUGCUUGUGUAGACUGGCCCUUAGUGAGUUGCAGUUCUCCAGGCUGCUAAUUCUUUUAAAAGUUCUGCCCCUCACCCCAUUAAACCUUUAUAGUGUGUUACGGUAAAAUCUGAGUGCGAGGCUACUCUGCCACCCAGCUCGUCGGACUAAGUCCGCGGGUCCCUGCGGAAGAAAAUGAGCUCAGCCGGAGACAGGAGCAAACUGCAGAAGAUCCAAGUUUAUUGCGCAACAGGUUCAAGGCGAGAUUAAACAGCGAGAAAGGGGUGACAUGAACUUUUGAAAUUUCCCUCCAUGUCCCAGAAUACAGUGCAAAAUACAUCCCAGUUACAUCAUGAAUACAUUAAGAAGAGGUUGGGUUACACAGAUUACAUCACGAAUACAUUAGGAAGAGGUUGGGUUACACCGGAUUAACAUAUGGAGGAGGGAGGGGGGAAUAUACAGAGCUGGAGAUAUGCACAGAUAAGCACAUCCUGAGAAGACAAUGGUCCAUGUAUGCAUAGUCUGUCACCUGGCAUCGCCCGGAGGAAGGGCUUGGCAGAGCGAUUUGACAGGAUUAGGGUAUUGACACCUUGCUUGAGGGAUUAUGGAGGGCAGGGGAGGUGUCAUGGAGUCCUAGAGAUAUAGAGCAAAUUGGCACGUUGAUUUUCUGUGAAUUUUAUAGAUUUUAGUCCCUUUUGACAUUGGCAAUUGGACAUAAAUGGAUAUAUUGUAGCGAAGAAGAAGGUGAAGAAGAAGAAGACAUGCCCCCCCCCCUUCCGUAUCAAGUGCAAGUUCAGAUCUCUGGACUCUCUUAACUGUUUGCUUUCUGUCAUGUUAAAGUAUGUUUCUGGAACUUUCUGCAGUGUUGUUUCAUGGUGCUGGAAACUGGAGAAUAAAAGCAGCUUGAUACAGAAAUUAACUUCCUUUUCAUGCUGUGCAUACUUAACAACAAAGCCCCUAAACAUAAACGGAGGCCCAUAGGGAGAUGCAAGACCAAUGCAGAGCCAAAAAAUAACUCAUCAUGCUUUCUGCAGAUACAAAUGAGCCAACUGAGUGCAUCUUAUUUCAGAAGACAGAGCCUUUAUAGUAUUUCACUACUUUCCUUAACUAUCACCUAGGGAGAGGGAGCCAUUUCAUUUUCUUGCCGUUGCCUUGUAUGCAAUGUGGGAAAAUGACUAGCACGGGAGGUCUUAAAAGCCUUUUCAAUUCUGCAUGUGAGAGGAAAUAGGGCAAGUGUUUCCUUUCUGUCUUUGCUGUUAUAAAUCCAUAUAAUUACAAUGAUGUAUCAUACCCAGGCAAUCUUUUGUAUAAACUUGAAAAGAAAACUAGGCACAUCUGUAUUUGGAGUAGUUUUGGAUACUUCAUGUGGGGGGAAAAAAUGAAGUUCUUAUCUUCUGUUCUUGGUUUAUUCAUAUAUGCUACCCUACUUGGGAAUCAUAUAUUAUUGUUCUUCGUCCAAACCCUGUACCCCUUUUAUCCUUCAGCAGCCCUGUAAUGGUACAUGUAGUUAGAGAGACAUCAACUGGCCCAAGGUCACCCAGUGAGCUUCAGGACUGAUACAGCGACUGCACCAUACUAGUUAGUUCAAGUUCAAAUUCAGAUAUUAGAAGUCACUUGUUUUUCCUAUUCACCAUUUUAUAUACUGUACAAAGCCAUUCUUUGUUGACAGGCUGUAAGUCUUAAUUCUUGAGGGAAACAAACUCAAGUCCCCAUUUUGGAUUAGUUUCCCAUUGUGUUUACAUUUAACUACCAUAAACAGGAUUCUGGAAGACAAUAUUUGCUUUUGUUUGGCUUUUAAAUGAUGAUGCAAUUGGAAAAGUUAAUGGAUUUUCACAAGAAGAUUUUCUGUUUUCCAAGCAUUGUGUGUUUCUUACCCUUAAAUACAAAGUAAUUUGAGAAAGUUCACUCUUACUGGUUACCUUCUGAAAUGCAAACUGGAAGAUUUUUGUCAAACCCAGCAAUCGCAUUCUGUAUAACCACCCCAAAUAACUUGCCCUAAGACUGCUUCCAUUAGUCCCCAGAUGACAUCAAUACACUAUUCUACAGUCAGGAAGGAAUCUUCAUUUGUUUACACAAAGAUAUUAAAGAGGAUCAUUCACAAUGCUGGAAUACCUGUGGAAGUGAUAGGCUCAUUGUGGUAUGAGCAGAGGUGACAUAAUGGUUAGACUGAGUGUUCAACUAAGACAAGGAAGAUGCCACUGAGCCAUUCAGCUUGCUGAGUGAUCUUAGCCAGUCACCAUCACACUGACACUAUAUAUAUAUAUACACACACACACACACACACACACAGGCACUGUUUACCACCCUUCUUCAGUUCCAUGAAAGAAAGAUGGCAUAUAAAUGUAAGACAUACUAAUACAAAAACAAAAAAACAGCCUUUCAGUUUGUGCAAGGAAAAAGGUUUCUUUUGUCAUUCUUGUGAUGUUUAAGCCCUUCAUUGUUUGUCUCUUCUGUAAAGUAAAAAAACCUGCUAAUGUACACAUUCUUACAAAAGAGUGCCAAUUUCUUACACUUUUCUUCAAAAGAGGAACCGUGAUGUCAGUAAAACUCUAAUCAUUAAAGUUUCUUAAGUAACCAAAAAGAUAGUUAAAUGUCUUCAAAGUCACCCUUUUUUAUUUUGGGGGGAUGUGUUAACAGGAUUGUAAAGUAGGAUGAUCCAUUUUCCUUUUGAAAGUGCAGGGUGGGAAAGCUGUUUUGCAAGGCUUAUUAUGAUGAUUUUUCACUACUAGGUACUAAAUUAUUUUAGACAUAAGAAUUUGAAAAAUCAAGUAAUGGAAUGUUUCACUUUGGAAUGUUUUAGGUGUUCAAUAUUUGGAAGGAAGGGUUAUAGAAUUCCAUAGAUGGAAAGAAAGCAGUUUGUUUUCAGCUUCAACAAUUCAGACUAUAGUAAUGUUUGUUUACCGUUUUCCUUAGGCCAGUCACCUCAUGUUUACCCUCAAAUGAAAUAAUGCUUAAGGCAUUUAUCAUUUUAAAAGGGCUGUGUUUAGGACAAAAACACUGCCCUUUUGCAUUACAUCGGUACUAGUUUCUUUGUACUGCAGGGGUCACCAACCUUUUUUGAGCCCCUGAGGUUGAUGAGCAAUGUGUGUUCUUGAACAUAGGUGUAAUAUAUUUGGUUACUUCGCUUAUGGAGCUCCUGCCAGAAUGUUUUUUUGCAUCUGAUUCUGAUACAGAUUAGAUGUGCUAGGAUACCCAGUUUGCAUCUAUUGGAAACUGACUGGUGGUGUUGUGGUAUAAUCUCUUUACAAUCAAAAUACUUUCUCCCUUCUGCAGUUCUCUUUCCAUAGGCAGAGCACUGUUUUCAACACCAAAGCUAAAAAGGCUACGAUCGCCAUAUUUCCCUCCACAGAAGAUGUCCACUCCAGGUUUUCUGGUGACCUGCUAUUCCCUAAGAGCACCUCAGUUUUCCUGCAUGAAACCGGCAGGGAAUCUUCAUCCUCCCUGGUGUUUAUCUUUAAACAAUUUGCUUAAAACUGUUUCCCCCUUUCUGGAGUGAGAAGUGAGGUGUGAGGGAGAGUCCUGCUCUGAGUGUACCUCUGCUGUAGAUGCUGCCAAAGAGACUGGAGAAGAAUUAUGCUGAGAUGAAGUCACAGGGAAGAGUGGCAGAUGAAGGCAAAUACAGAAAUGGGAAAUAAAAAAAUUGAGGGAAGUAAAAAAAGAGGUUUUAAAAUGCUGCUCCCAGAAGCAGGAGCUGGCGUGGAAAUGUAACACAGCUGCCAGCAGGGAGAAUGCUGACAAUUUAAAGAAAAAUAAAUACCGUAUUUUGUGCUCUAUAAGACUCACUUUUUCCCUCCUAAAAAGUAAGGGGAAAUGGAGCAAAUGCAGGCUGCGCAGCUAUCCCAGAAGCCAGAACAGCAAGAGGGAUUGCUGCUUUCACUGCGCAGCGAUCCUUCUUGCUGUUCUGGCUUCUGAGAUUCAGAAUAUUUUUUUUCUUGUUUUCCUCCUCCAAAAACUAGGUGCUUCUUAUGGUCUGGUGCGUCUUAUAGAGCGAAAAAUACGGUAAAUGCCAAAGGCUAGCACUGGUCACACUACAGAGCUUGCCCCAAGCAUGCAUGUGUUAGGGGGCACAGAAGGAGCUUACACAUGGCAGCUGCUCAUUUUUAAUUUCUUCAGUGCAGACAUGCUAAUCACAUGAUGCACCUUCAGGGAGUGAAGAAGACUCCUGGGACUUAAGCUGGCCAGAAACUACACCCUAAUUCUGUUCACCAGAUAUAAACUCUUGCUUGCCAUGGCAACUGUAAUUGUACUUCCUGGUUGCUGAGAGGACCAUGAUGGGACAGCAGGGUCACUUAAACAGUCUGGGCUAAUUUCCCCAAAGCUGGAAUGCAAGAAGCGUUUUUCAUUAAUUUGGGGGAAGCUAGACUGAUUUAACCUAGAGAAUGCUAAUUAAGUUGAGACUUGGAUUUGGUAUUUGCAGUCAGUGAGAGAAGUUGAAAGUAGGGCAACCACUUUUAAUCAAUUGAUCUGUUCAACAGAUUAAAUACCUUUUACAUCAGUUUUAAAAAACUUGAUCUCUUGGGUAGUGGUAGCUAGAUAUGUCACUGGAAAUAUUCAGUCUGUUGAUAUAAUGCAUAUAAUGUUAUAUAUAAUGAUGUUAUAACAGGAUCUGUGAUGUAGCCUUUUAAACUAAACGUAUAAACUGAUCGAACAUUUGUAAAUGUUUUUUUCUGUCUAAGAUGAAAGUAGCCAGUUUCUCUUUUGUUGUGAAAGAAAGCAAAUGAACACACUCAAUUUUAAUGGUUAAAUAGUGGGUAAAGGAUGCACUUUUGAUAGAUUAAUAGGGAGCUACAGAGAAGGCAGUAGCCAGAAGAAUUUUUUUAAUCGACUGGGAAGAGAAAACAGAGGAGAGGGGUAUAUUAUUGAUGAUACGUUUAUCUCUAUGCCCUCCUCAAGUAGCUUAUGCAUGCCAGCUGUUCUGGUGUUUUGAGGCUGCUGCUCAUGUGAGGUGGUUCCCAUAGGGAAUCUGUGCAGAACAUAGAAGGUGCUUUGUAAUUGCUCCCCAGCCAGAGUUGCCAUUUCUGCCUGCAAGUAUCUGUCUGUGUGGAAACUUGCCUUACCCAAGGAAAGAGUCUUAAUUUCAUUCUUUUUGUUUCUGCCUUUUCUUACAGUCUACUCCGUUACAUUUGGCUGCAGGAUACAACAGAGUCCGAAUAGUCCAGCUUUUGCUCCAGCAUGGGGCUGAUGUUCAUGCGAAGGAUAAGGGGUAUGUAAGACAUUAUAAUGAACUCACUGGCUUUUUUAGCACUCAUAAAGCAGGUGGAUACUAGUGAAAGGGCCUCUUAAAUAGUGGUACCUAACAAAGGCUUGGAGGGACGCAGGUGGCGCUGUGGGUUAAACCAAUAUCAUACCAUUAUAGUCAAGGGACGCGGGUGGCGCUGUGGGUUAAACCACAGAGCCUAGGACUUGCCGAUCAGAAGGUCGGCAGUUCGAAUCCCUGCGACGGGGUGAGCUCCCGUUGCUCGGUCCCAGCUCCUGCCAACCUAGCAGUUCGAAAGCACAUCAAAGUGCAAGUAGAUAAAUAGGUACCGCUCUGGCGGGAAGGUAAACGGCGUUUCCGUGCGCUGCUCUGGUUCUCCAGAAGCGGCUUAGUCAUGUUGGCCACAUGACCCGGAAGCUGUACGCCGGCUCCCUCGGCCAAUAAAGUGAGAUGAGCGCCGCAACCCCAGAGUCGGUCACGACUGGACCUAAUGGUCAGGGGUCCCUUUACCUUUUUAACAAAGGCUUAUCCUUUGGGAAAUAGUAAAACCUUGAUUAUUCUCCCAAGCAUUUCAAAUCUUGUAGAUGUUACAAUGAUGUACAUUUGGAGUUUGAGAUCACAGAAUUGAUUAAGUAUCACAUACUGCAGCUCCCUCCCCCCCAAUGGCUUAGAGCAGUGGUUUUCAAACUGCAUUCUGGGGGAGGUAUAGUGGUUCCUCGACAGAUAUGUCUGUGUGGAAAGUGCAGGGAGAUAAACAGCAAUGCUGUAGAGUAAUUCAGAAAUAUCUUAAGACUUUUUCAUAUUUCCUACUGCAUUUUUUUCUAGUGUGGUCGGGGUGUUUCCACGCCAUAUUUUUUUUGUCACACCUUUACAAAUUAGUCUGUUAGAUUAUUGCAACAAUUUUUUGUUCUUCUAAAGCUUUCCUUUGUGCUCUGACCUCAUUUUUGCAUUCAGGGAUUUAUUUAUUUUUUUAAGCUCCUCUUCCCUUGCUUGUAAAGUUGCUGGAACCUUUGUACAAAGGCAAGGAAGAGGCGCAUUUCAAAUGCUGGAAUAAGAUAUAGCAAAGUGCUUUAAAAAGUGGCUUGCAGCUAGGGCUCAGAAAGGAUUUUAAAAGUUGGUCCUGUGGAACAGCUGCUGAGCUGCCUCUCCGGAUGAGUUCAAGCGAUCUUCUCAUCUGUGCAUCAGAAUUCCCAUUUGUGCAGGCCUGAAUCAUGUGACUGAUACCCUGCAUGAAACUGGGCAGUGCAGUGUUGCUUUUGUUACAUGCUCAGAUUUUCAUAAAACCCUACAUCUGGCUAGAAUCUAUGACCAAGCAUCUGUUUGAAUAAUAAUGUUACUGAGGUUAAACUACAUUUUACAUCUUUAAAUGUCUCUCUUGCUGCAGCCAAUUUGGUUCUAAGUUGCCUAAUUAUUGCUUUUUAGGUAAUGUAAUUUUAAUGCUUUAUUUAUUGCAGUGGACUUGUGCCCCUCCACAAUGCAUGUUCCUAUGGACAUUAUGAAGUUACAGAACUGCUGUUGAAGGUAACGUUAAAGAGAAGUAAUUCCUUCAUGUUAUGUAAUUAAUUGAAGGAAAUACCGUAUUUUUUGCACCAUAACACUCACUUUUUUCCUCCUAGAAAGUAAGGGGAAAUGUCUGUGCGUGUUAUGGAGCGAAUGCCUGCGGGUGGCGGGGGGGAUCUGCUACAGUCGUGAGCAGAGGAUCCAUGGUUCCUCUUCCUUCCCUCCUCCAUGGUUACAAAGCAUGGAUCCACAUGGAUCCUCAGGAUUUUUGCAUUGGGCUACUCCAAACUCACUGUCAGAUCACAUGUCUGUGGCCACAGCAUGAACCACAAAAAUCAUAUAUCCACUAUUUUGUUUAGAAUAUUUUUUUUCUUGUUUUCCUCCUCUAAAAACUACGUGCGUGUUAUGGUCUGGUGCGUGUUAUAGAGCGAAAAAUACGGUAAUUAACAUGUAGUGUGCUGUCGUGUUUACUAUUUGUGUGUUGUUCUUUAUUGUAUGGUUAUUUGUAUUUUUAAGUUAAAUUGUGUAAGCAGCCUUGCAGACCCCGUGAACUAAACAUGGCAAUAGCAAUAUAAAUGUCCUUAGCUCCUGUGUACAGCAUAUGUAUGGAAAUACGGUAUGGCUUGUGGGGGUCUUUCUGUGUGGUCAAACAAACGAAAGAACAAUGUUUGAGGGACACACAUUUCUCAUCAAUGAGGCCAUUUUUCAAACAGUAGCAUAUGACUAACUGAAUUUGUGUGUGAUUGUGACAUAUUUGUGAUUGAAAUGUCACACCUCUGAAGAAUACGCUGUAAAAAUUAGGUGUUAUGCCAUCCAUAACACGUAAAUUUGCUAAAUCAACGGGGCCGCUUUAGCUGAAGUCCAUAAUAUUUUCUAUUAUGCCAUCUUAUUAAAAACUAAGGGAAAAUAACAGACCUGGUCCACAUUCCACACAUAGGAGAGUAUUUUCCCCAUAUUACAGAAACUGGGUUACAUCUAGCUAAAUUAUUACGUGAUUGGAGUGACUUCUGCUCACACAAUUGAACUAUUCCUUCUAUGCCUCACUGCCCCAUAUGUAUGUGUUCCAGAGGGUUUGGGAAACACCCCAAACAGAUUUGGAGGGUUGGAGGAGGAAGUUCUGUUGUGUAAGUGGAAGUCAUGCAAUAAUUUAAGUUAGCUACAACCUAUUACUUGCCCCAAGCAAACCACUGUUUGUGGCUGAUUCGAGAUUCAAAAUAGGAUGUUUUUUACCUUCUAUGCUACACCAAGUCUUACUGAAACUGACUUAUUUUUUAAAAAAAACCAAAACUCCGUAAUCUCAUAUUCUGAGAGACUCUGGGCUUUCAUUAAACAUUUGUAAGCAGCAAACCUGGAGCACAUUCUUUCUAUCAAGUGCAUAUUAUUUGAACAUGUAUUAAAAUAUCAAUUCAUUAUAAUCAAAGUUUUCAUUAGAUAACACCUAUUCUGUUUAGCACUGAAAGUUAACUGUGGUACUGACACUACAUACAGGUACUGACCUGUACAAUUUAACUCUUAUUCUUUCCUUACUUAGCAUGGUGCCUGUGUUAAUGCGAUGGAUCUUUGGCAGUUUACUCCAUUACAUGAAGCCGCUUCUAAGAAUCGUGUGGAAGUUUGUUCUUUGUUACUCAGCCAUGGUGCAGAUCCAACGUUGGUCAACUGUCAUGGAAAGAGUGCUGUUGACAUGGCCCCAACGCCUGAGCUGAAAGAGAGGCUUACCUGUAGGUAUCACUAGGGUGCAAAAUACUGUAUUUCACAUCUAGAAAGGGCUCUUUGUGCUCUACGGAGUGUGAUAUUGAUCACAGAAUUCAGCCCCCUGUAAACCUCAACUUUUUUUUUUAUUAAAGCAAAGAUGGUUGCAAAGAUCAUUUUGAUGUGGGCAUUUCUAGUGAAAUCUCAGAGGGAUUGCUGUGUAACAUUUUGAGCAGUCAUAGGGUAGGGUUUCAAUGCCUGGGGUUCCUUCGCAUCCCUCAUCAUGACCAGCAGAAGCAGAAUACAUUGUUCGAAAUAAUGAAAAUUACGUAAUAAAUUAUGCAAACUGAGAAUAAUCAUGCUAGUUGCUUGUGUAAUAUUUACUUAAUUACUUAAUUACUGCCCUUAUAAUAUCUGCUUCAUAUGUGUUAAUAGAUAUCACUAUUGUCACAAAAUUUGGGUCACUUUGGGACAACAUUCUAAUUUAUUUCAGGCAUUAAAAGUCAGUUCAGAAACCUUUCCCUGCAACCUUUUUCUUGUUAAUCUUCUCUUAUCAACAUAUUUGGCAGAUCAGAAGAGAGUGUGUGUGUGUGUGUGUGUGUGUGUGUGUGUGUGUAAAGUCCUUUAGGCAGCAUUUAUACAAGUCACUGAGCAUCUAAACUAAUUUUGCAUUUAGGCUGAGUAGCAUUGAAAUAGAAACCCCCCCUUUACCUCUCAGCCCAAGAACGUUGUUUUGUCUUCACAAUCUUCACUUGAGAGAACGCAAUAGGACAGUUCUUGGUGAACUAUGUGGAAUUAUAUUGUCCCUCUUAACUGUUGUUUGGCUUUUCUAAGCUAAUGCUGUAUAAUUCUGACAGUCAUGAAUAUUGUUUAUUCCCCUGCAGAUGAAUUCAAAGGACAUUCCUUACUACAAGCAGCAAGAGAAGCUGACUUAGCCAAAGUAAAGAAGACACUUGCCUUGGAGGUCAUUAAUUUCAAGCAGCCACAGUCCCAUGAGACAGCACUGGUGAGAUCAUAAGAGUCACUCUGCUCGCUUUAGGCAGCAUGUAAGGUUUUGUAUACAUAAUUGUGGCUGAAGUUAUCCCAUAGUUAAGACUGGCGUUUUCAAGGUAAAUCUAGUUCAGCCCAUCACAUAUCUAAUGAUGCUUGACCUGCCAGUGACUUAAUGCUGAGCUAAGGAAGAACCUGUAGUAAGCAUCUUCUUUCAUGUUUACACCAUUUUAGCGGGGAUCUGAGAAUUCUGCCAUUCAAAAUUAAAUGUUUUUCAGUUGGCUGCUUUGAAAUGAAUAGUUUGAUCCUUCAGUACAUCAUGUAUUUUUGCAACUGUAAUUGCUUCAGCAGCAUUCAAAAUCUGCUAGAGUAAAAAAAAAAGGGGGGGGUUGCGUAUCUGUAGGCACAAUGGCACAAGCUGUAGCCUGUGCUGUGAGAGGCAAGGGAGGCAAGCAAACCAACUAAUUUAGCUCCUCCCUUUAUCCUCACUGCUGCCACCAAGUGUGGAUAACCUGCCUGCCUCCACUAAACAGUCCUUAACGUCUGGAAUUUAUUUAGUGGCCCAGCCAUAUCAAGUAGUGUGAACUACAAAGCCUCUUACACAUUUAACCCAAAUUUAGAUUUUGUAAAAGGUUUUGUAAGGCGGCAAUGUAAAAAAUAAUCAUGAAGGUCUUUAUUCAACAGUAAUGAUGUGAAACAGUUUGAGCAAAGAAGAUAAAAUGAAAAUAAAUAGGAAAACAUGUUCAUCUAAACCUAGUCUAGAUUGUUUCCCUACCCAAGUUGAUACUUUCAUCAGGCAGUGUCCAUCUCUCUCAUUGUUCAGCAUCUUCUGUUCCUGGAAUCUGGAUGCGUAGCUGUCCUUUAGCUUCCUUCUUUUGAGUCCUAUUUCCUAUUUCACCAGCACUGUGUCUUUCUAAACUCCAUUUGCUAGCUUUACUUACACGCAUUAUUUCAGGUGACCAAUCAGAAGGGCAGUAGAAUUCUGCUUGAGAUUCUCUUUUCCAUAAUUUCAUCUUAUUCGUGUUUAGGUUUCAUUUGCACCUCACGUGUUUGCUUCAUACAGUGAACUUCUGACCUGCCUGGUUAUAGAACAGAGAGCGAAAAGCAGCCAUUUUAUAACCCAAAAACAAUAGACAAAAUGGUUGAAACAGUUUCAUACUUCCACAGUUGGAAAGACACGACUGUAGAGCGCCAGUUCAAAUAUAUCAUAGUACGUCCUCUAACAGUGAUCAUGCUGAGGUUAAGAUGAGGGAUCAUACUGUCCCGCUCACCAGCCCCUCCUCAUUGGUGCUCGAAUUCCCUUGCCACUGUUUGCUGUGAUUAAGGGCUACGUUUGCAUUACCAAAGAAGUGUGUGAUCUUACAACCUAGGGGUAAUGAACCUGUAGCCCUCCCGAUAAAGUUAGACUUCCACCAGCCACAGCCAGCAUGGCCAGUGGUCAGGAAUGAUGGAGUUGCGGUUCAGGUGGCAGAACUCAAGGUGCACCCUCCCUCAAUAUCAGAGAAGUACCUGCGAAGGCUUCCGCGUUCUGAUAAGAUCUUGCAAGAUCUUGCUGGAAGCCACAGCCACACAACCCCAAUAAGUGAGGCUUUGGCGGGGGGACGCAUGGCACCUUCCUGUUUUGGCUCAGGUGGCAAAACGCAGUGGGCCGCCCCUGCCAAUCUCUGGGAUACGUAAAACCUAUCCCAGAACAUCUUGUGCUUUCUAUUAUAGUUUUGUACUAAAUACAUAUGGAGUAGAAGCAACAGUUCAUGUUUACUCCAGGGAAAUGGAAAACGAUUGAUGCCCCCAAAUUAUUGCAUUACACCUCAGCACACACACACCCCAAAGCUGUUAGAGGUUCUAAGUGCACUUUUUGUACUUAUACUAAGAUUUUCACAUGAGAACAAGUUCAAAAUAUGAUAGUACAGUAUGUGCACAAUAUUUUAUAUAUUACCUGGUGUCCACAGAAAGGAUACAUGCAUAUGGAACUAUGGACAUUUCUGGAGCUCUGCUUGUCAAUUUGUCAUGGCGGUUCCUACAGAAGAAGCAAGCCGUGACUCCAUUAAAGUAGCAGAUUGCAUCUUCGGCACAGGGAAUUACUCUGGUGCAUGAAGGGCUACUUGAACUCCAAUCACUUGCAUACAUUUCCAUUUUGAAUCCCUGACCCAGUCCUGCAUCCUAAGAAGCAAAUUCCUUGUUGUACACUAUUACGAUUUAUACAGGUUAACUGCAGCCUUCUCAUCUUGUAUUUCCAGCAUGUCCUUCAGUUUUGAUUUCCAACCCUUGGCUUAAGUUUUCCUACAUUGCCUUUUUUGCAGCACUGUGCUGUGGCUUCUCUUCACCCCAAACGGAAACAAGUCACUGAGUUACUGCUUCGGAAAGGAGCGAACGUCAAUGAGAAGAAUAAAGAGUAUGUUUUCUUCUUUAAAACAGCAACGUUUGUGUUUAGAUGAAAUGGACGCAUUCUGAAACUUAUUUAUUUGUAUCUUUCUUUUCCAAACUAGUUUCAUGACACCUUUGCAUUUUGCUGCUGAACGAGCUCACAACGAUGUUAUGGAAGUUCUUCAUAAACAUGGAGCAAAGGUAAAUAUUGGACUAUUCCUAAUUUUCCACACACUGUAUUAUACCUGUGGUCUUGUGUGCUAGUCCUACAAAUGUGAAAAAUUAGGGAAACAUUUACUCUGAUAUUUAUUUGUGGUUCUGUGGAAACAGUGGGGGUUCAACUCUUUGCCUCUUUUCACACAAACAAAUGUACUCGUUACAUUUUCAUUGAUACUAACUUUGGUAGUUGGAAGUAAUUAUUUGCACACGUUUCCUUUCCAGACAUCUGAACAGAAGUCUGGGUCCGCUAGCAUGAGGUUUUGGAAGAAGCUUGUUUGUCAUAAGUUCUUUGACUUUGUAAUCUCUGCUUGAUACGAUCCUGGUAAAAGUCUGCCUUGGCUUUGAAGAAUUUACCGGGAUAAAAUGUUCUCCUUGUAUAAUUUCCUGCCAAGCUUUUAAAGAUUCAAUUUGGACGAGAGCUUUGAUAUUAGACAGGAAAUCAUAGGGUGCUUUCACAUCUGAAGUCUGCAGCUCAGACCAUGAUAAUACUGAAUAUUAUGGAAUAAGAAGAGCUGCAAAAUGCCUUUUUUUCAGCACACCUGUUAACUAUCUCUGCACUGAACCAUCACAGCUACAUUUUGCCCAUUUAAUUGUUUGGCACUAAUGUCCUGGCUGCAGCUGGGCCACAAAACUCGUAAUCUACCCACUUUUGUCUAAAUUUACAUCUUUUUGUUCCAACCAACCAGUGUAUAAUCAAAUAAAAAUGCUAAUUCAAAUUGCUCCUGAUAUCCAGAGUGCUUGGGCGCAUGUAAUGUUUACAUAUUUUUCAAACAUAAAAUAAUGUUUUUCAAAGCCUAUUGGGUAAAUUGUUGUCACUGAGGCUCUUUCAUUAGCUGUCCUUUUCAAGUUCCUUUUUCUGUUUCUUUAAAACACAGAGGUGCAAUUUCAUAAAUUAAUGUAUAAAUGUUGUUACAUAUACUUCUUUCUUACUUGAGUAUAGACUUGUUAGAUUCUUGUUAGUUUAACUUGUCUUAUGCCUUCUUUAAAGUGCAAGUUUCGAGAUGGCUUAUAAAGUGAGGAUUUCAUAUAUGUUGCCAGGGGUCCCCAACCUGUGGCUCAUGAGAUUCGUUCAAUUGGCACGCUGCAUGUCCGCAUUCAUAUUGAUUUUUAAUUGUAUUCUAUUGCUUCUUUUAUUUCUUGUAUUGUACCACAUUUUGAAUUUCUGCGGCAUUCAGAAUGUAAUACAAUAUAGGAAAUAAAAGAAGCCAUAAAAAUACAAAUAAAGAUCAUACAGCAUCUAGCAUCGUGCAUUACAAUUUCUAUAACAGGUAAAAAAAAACCUUUAAGUUGCCCACCAAGACAAUCAGUAAUUUUCAAGUGGUCCAUCCUGGGAAUCAGUGAACUCCUGAAUGGUGAAUUAUACUUCUGAUUCUGUGUGUUUGGGGUUCUUCAGAGUCUUUUCUGGAAUUAUGGUGACACAAGCCAUACUUUUGGCUGAGAUAUGGUCAGUUUAUUAUUUGAGAGUAUUAAAUAGAGAUGUUCAGAUAAAGAGAUCUUGGGUGCAGUUCUCAAGUGGUUGUCUUGCUGGCACAGGCGAAUGAAGCCUCUAAGGCCUAAGGGUACCAAGGCUUCAGGAAGCUGGAAAGCCCCAUAGCUUUGCAAUAAGUAUCAGGCCUUGCAAUAGUAGCAAUAGUGACUCCUAUUCUUAAAUGGGUGGGUCCAGAUUUGCAGUUCUUAAGUGCAACCUUUGAGGUUUCUUGGCGGCUGUUGUAUGGCCUGGAUUGAGGGGACCUUGAGUGUGGAGGAGGGGAAGAGAGAGAGUUUGUGGUUUGCAUUCAAACCCCCAAACAGUUAAGUAUAUCUUCUUUAUUAUAUCUUAUUAGAGAGAUAUAACAUAUAUCAACAAUUCUUCAAUUAUGUCAGACAGAUGCGUUUUAAUUUAGGAAUCUAUUAUAUAGAAGUGCUAUUCUCCAGACCUCUGUUUCUGUAUUUGUUCCAAGCAGGUUUAAUAGGAUCAUAAAAUACAGUGAUAUACAGAAUUGUGAAUGUGUAGUGUGUUAUGUUCCAGAAUUUUGAACCAGCUGUUACCUUUUUUCUGUGGGGAAACAUUUUAGAGAAGAGCCUUUGCGCUCACUGAAAUGGCAAAAUUGUUUACUCAGGCUGCUAAUUAAAUGACUUCCCCAAAUUGCCGUCUAAUAAAAUUUCAGAAGUGGGGAUCCUGUUUCUUGAUUAAAAUAAUCUAUCUGGCCAAUGGGUUACAGGAAAAUGAGAUUAUUUGAGUAACAGUGUCUUUUGAACCCAGUAAAGAAGCCUUCACCCACAGCUCCUAACAAUACACUGGAAAGAAUAGAUGAGAAAUGUACAUCCAAAUGUUCUAUCUUUCCAUCCUCUGCCUCUAGGAAGUAAGGAUUUAGGAAACACUGAGAAUUCAAAACGGGAAGGAAAUCAGUAAUAAGAAGCCCUGUCAAAAUAGUCUUCAGUUGCUGAGCUAUUACAGAUGAUUGGCAGAACAUAGGACAGUUAUAGGUGCGAGUGCUGCAUUGCAACACAGGAGCAGUAAAAAGUGCUGAAGUAAAAAGUAAUUGCUCGCUGAACAAUGACAUACAUCCAUGUUGACUUUCAGUAACAUUUCACAUAGGGAAGGGACUUGGAUGUAGUGAAAAUAAUUCAUUCCAAUGGCAAACUCUUGCUUGAUAGACCUGGGCAACAUGACUUUGAAAGUGAUGUUAGCAUUGCUUAUUUUAGCAGGUUUAAAACAUGUGACUAUCAGGUCUGCGCUGAUGUCUGUCUGGUGGAGCUGAUAGACCUGUCACUUUGUAAGCUGAAAGAGCUCUUCACAGUCUGCAGCGCAAUUCAUCACUGCAUCAACAUAAUGUGCACAACAACAAUCAAUGUGACUGCCACAGUUUUUUGGGGAGGGGUUGGUGUAGCUUUAGCGAGCAGUGUAACUUUUAAGUGUAUAUAUCCUUGGGAAACCAGCAGUGGGCUGAUGAAUGAAGCUUUCAUUCUAUACCAGGCAAAAUAGUCGUUUUGGUAUGUUAGCUCUCAGCCACUUUACUUAGGUCAGUUGGAAUUUUGGUGAACUACAGAUUUUGAAAUUUGCAGGGUGCUGAAUUGAUAUGUUUUUUUUUGUUUUGCUUGAUAUAAAUUUAAUAUGGAGGAACCAGAUACUUCAGGCAAGAAAUUUGGGUCUGCAUGGUGAGGGCCUUCUGGCCAGGGUCUCUAAGAAACCGCCUCUACCUACACUUGGGGAACUUGGAGCUAUCAAUUUAGCUCUCACUUUCCAUAAAUGAGGAACGCAGUGUGUGCUGGUUAGGACAGACAGUAUGGCAGCUAAAAUGCAUAUGUCACAGGCAGAGAGGUAGUUGAUCAAAAUCAGUCCUGAAGGAAGGAAACUAUUCUCUUAUGUAAACACCCAUCUGCCCACAAGGGCAAAAACACUGGAAAAGGUUCAUUUUUAACCUUCAUCCAGAUUGGCUUGGUUAACCCCAGUGGAGUAAGCCUUUAACCCAAAGAUAUUUGAUCAGAUCUGAUUCAGUUCUGAGGACUGAUCAUGUGUCUAUUUACCUCUUCCUCCAACAAGAAGUUGUUGAGGUUCAGCAUAAGUUUUCAGGUAGGAGGAGAACCAGUUGAUGCCCUAAAGGCAGAUUAGCCAUGCUGUUAACUUUGUACUUCCCUGCCAUAACCUCUUCUUCCAAGAGUAAUCUGGAAAAUCAGGUAUAAGUGUUAAUUGGCCCAAGAUUGCUAGCUAUAACACCUCCGAUACCAUGAGAGAGCUUGACAACUCAAAGGCAGUUUUGCGGGAUGUGUCCUUAUGCACAUAGCUGGGAUGAUGUCAAAUGGUUCAUGGCUGUUUGAUUUCUGACCCUAGAUGCACUGCAAUUUCACAUUCUUGUGCUUGUUGCCCUCCCCUUGAGAAAUUCUGAAUUUACCUGUGAAGUUCUGCUCUUCUCAAGGGAAGCAGGCUAGCCAAACCCACCCUUAGUAAAUCUGUUCCUACAUACAGAGGUCCAUAUAUUAUAGCCAGACGUGUAUGCCUAGAGGGAGAAUCAAUUAUCUACAGGGAUCCCCUUUCUGACCCUGUGCUUAAGUUCCCUUGAUACCUGGGCAAAUUGUUCAUCCUAAGUGGUAGGAGAGCUGAGAGUUGGGUUAUGUGUGUUGAUUGAAGAAUAUUCAGCAACUCGAGUUAGUGUUUUGCUACGUACUACUGUAUGUACUAUGCUUUGAUCUGCUCUUCAGUUCCCCCCCCUUUUCUCAGCCAGACAGGUUCUUGUACUCUCAGAUUGAUUAUUUUGACUACAGGGGAGAGUCCUUCCUCUAGGCACAAAAAUGGAGACUGGUCUGUCAGAGCAAAACCCUAUUUAAAUGCUAGCUGCCCCCUUUCUCUCCCAAAACACAUUUUCACAUACAAAUCCAGCAUUUAUGUUUCCAUUUGUUACAAUAACUGGAUAUUAUUUAAUUUGCCAGCAGAAUCGGAAAGCAUGUAUUUAUUUUACAGUUAAAUAAAUGUGCUUAUUGUACAUUUAAAUUUAUGGUAGCCCCAUUAAUUUUUUUACCUUGGUAACAAUUUCCGCUAAUCACCUACUUCAUAUGAAAUAAAUGUGCCUUCAAAGUAACGUGGAAGGGCUUAAUUGAUCCUUUAUUGUCCUGCUGUGUUACUGUUUAAACACAGCAGGAGGGGUAAUGAAAUUAGUGUCUUGUAGUCUUGGUUAACUUUUUCCCUUCCAUCCACAGAUUGUGAGGUAAGGUAGAUUGUAAAGCAUUUGUAAGCUCUGUUUGGGUUAAGCACAUAUAUAUAUAUAUUUCCCCCCUCAGAUGAAUGCACUAGACACACUUGGACAGACGGCUUUGCAUAGGGCUGCUAUGGCAGGUCACCUGCAGACAUGUCGCCUCCUGCUGAAUUAUGGUUCGGACCCCUCCAUCAUCUCCUUACAAGGUUUUACAGCAGCGCAGAUGGGCAACGAAGCAGUGCAGCAGAUACUGAAUGGUGGGUGUUCUUUCAGACGAUAAUGAUAACCAAUGAUGUGCAUUUGUAAUUUGCAGGAAAGGCUGAUUGGUUCUUAUUUUAAUUAAAAUAAAAUUGCUUUGCAAAUGAGGCUCAAGGCAGCGACUGAAAAGGAUAAACAAAAUGACACACUGAAACAAUGUGACUCUAUUUACAAUGACUGUUAAAAAGUCACUGUAAACAGGAUGACAAGCUCUACAUGAGCUAAUUUCAGACCUGGGAACUCUUUCCAAUGUUUAAUUAUGUCAAUUCUCUUGAUACUUUAGUCACCCACUCCCUCUCCCCCUCCUCCUCCUGCCUCCCAGACUCUUUUUUAUGAUUUCCUUUACUGAGCUUGUUUUGAAUCUUUUACAUGCAUCGUGUACCUACUUGCCCUUGGGCUAGGCAAAUGGGAAACUUCCCAGUUAGUUAACUCAUUAGGUGAAUUUUUGAGAGCUGCUUUUGAUGUUCCAAAGCCAAAGUGAUUCUAAGACCACAGAUCAUAUGGAACUGGGAUUAUUUAACAGCUGGAAAUAUGAAUGGCCAAUCUUGGGGUUUUAGCUUUUAUAACAACAAAGAAUCUUCAUAUGCACAGUUCUGGCUGGGGGAUCAGAGAGAGGAAUGGUAAAUGCAGCAACCCUGUCCAGCUGCUCAGAUCAGGACAUAAAUGCUUUAAAAUCAUAGCUUCUAAUAAUAAAAGCUGCAGCUCCACUUGAAUGCUUUAUAAUUCUUUUCAGAGAAACAUAUCCCUUUAAGAAAAUAAAUAUGUUAUAAAAAAUAUCCAGUUUACUACACCAAAAGCCAAUUAGCCUUUUUUAUCCAUAUAUUUAAAAUUCCAGCCAGCACAUUAUUUUGUGCAAUGUCCACAAUCAUGCAAUCAGACUUAAGAUCACGCAGUGGAACUUUCUUUCCUCUUCCCUCCCCUUCAUCCCCCUGAAGUUUGUGGAAGGUAGUGUGCCAGUAGUGUCCAGCCUGCCAGAAGACAGGCACCAUUAGAUUUCUUGGGUUUUGUUUUUGUUUUUGUUCUUGUUUUUAUGUCUUUUGUGUUUUUCUAUGUAGUAUAUUUAUUAUGUGAACCGUUCUGAGAUCUGCAGAUGAAAGGUGGUAUACAAAACAAACAAACAAACAAACAUCUCCCUUUGUCACUUCCAUGAAAUAAUUAGUAUUAGUUACCCGAACUUCACCAGCAGAUGCAAUGAUGGGUUGCAACAAUUUGAAAUUCAAUAUCAAAAACAGGGAACACAUUAGACGUUACAAAGUGCUUUACUGUUGCUAAUUCUUACAGCUCCAUAAGAUCAGCUAGGCUGGAUCAGACCCUGGUUGAGCCCAUCUGGUUGAGCAUCCUGUUUUCACAGUGGCCAACUAGAUGCCUACAAGAAGCCCUCAGGCAGGACUUGAGCACAAGUGUGCUCUGCCAGUAGCUGAGAAGCAAAAAUGAGACAUGGAGAGUGCAUGAACUCAACAGUGCUUAGCUUAUUUUGUUGUUAUUGCUAUUUUGUUAAUGUUUUUAAUGUUUUAUAGAUUAUAAAUGCCAUAUUGAUUGGUUAUUCAUAAAAUAAUAUGCUGUAAUUGUGAUGUUCGGCUUCUUUUUUAGUUGCUGUUUUGUUAAUAGUGUUUUAUAUAUUAUAAUUGUUUUAUUGAUGAACUGUUGAUGAUUUGUGGAUUAUUUUAUAUACCGUAUUUAUCACCCUAUAGGACGCACUUUUCCCCCUCCAAAAAUGAAGGGGAAAUGUGUGUGCGUCCUAUGGGGCGAAUGCAGGCUUUCGCUGAAGCCUGGAGAGCGAGAGGCGUCGGUGCGCACCAACCCCUCUCGCUCUCCAGGCUUCAGGAAGCUAUCCGCAAGCCUCGUGCUUCGGGCAGAUGUCCGCAAGCCUCAUGCGCCCGGCAGGACCUCCCGCCGGGCGCGCAAGGCUUGGGGCGGCAGCCCGAAGCACGGGGCGCGCUCCGCAGCAGGCUCGCAAGGCUUGCAGGCAGCAGCCUGUUCUGGGGGCUGGGGUCGGGGGAAGCUCGGGCUUCCCCUGCGGCAGCCCCGUCCCUGGGGGGGAAAUAAUUUGUUUUUCUUUAUCCCCCCUCCCCCCAAAAAACCUAGGUGCAUCCUAUGGGGCGGUGCAUCCUAUGGGGCGAAGAAUACAGUAUUUUAUGCUGUAUUUGCGGUGUUCUGUUCUGUUAUUGUUCUGUAUUGUUUGUAAGCCGCUUUGAGAUUCAUUUGAAUGAAAAGCAACAUAGAAAUUCAGUCCAUCAGUCAGUCAUUGCUCACUUUCCCCCCUAAGCUAGAAAUCCUCAAAUGUUAUAACAUUUCCUAAUUGGAGAGUUGCUCCAGCCCCAUGGUAUGCCCCAGUAUGUUCCUCAUAUGGGGACUGCAACUGACAUGUAAUUACUUGUCUUAGUUGAUCCAUUGAACUCAUGUGGAAGGUGGGAUUUAUAGAAUUGUAAAGUUGGAAUGUACCUCGGGGGUCAAUUAGUGCAACCCCCUGCAAUGCCCAACGUGGGGUUUGAACCCAUUGAGAUCAAGAGUCUCGUGCUCUACCAACUGAACUGGAACGUCCUGGUUUGUAGUUCAUAUUUUUACUUAAAAGUUGUUUCUAUGAAUUCAACCUGUUUAUAAUUUUUUUGUCUCUUGUGUAGAGAGCACUCCUGUACAUACAUCUGAUGUGGAUUACAGACUGUUGGAAGCCUCUAAAGCUGGAGACUUGGAAACUGUGAAGGUAGGUUGGAGCAAAUAACACCCAGUGUGUUCCUGUAUACGGUGGUACCUUGGUUUAAGAACAGUCCUGUUUAUGAACAAUUCGGUUUAUGAACUCUGCAAAACCUGAAGUAGUGUCCCGGUUUGCGAACUUUACCUUGGUCUAAGAACGGAAUCUGAAUGGUGGAAGGGCGGCGGGAGGCCUCAUUAGGGAAGGUUUAAGAAUGGACUUCCAGAACGGAUUAAGUUCGUAAACCGAGGUACCACUGUAUUACUGUCAUUGCUUCUGUGAUCUGCCUAAAAAGAUAGGAGGAAGUAUUUGGCACCAUCAAAAUCAGCCCUACCUUUUGUGUGUGAUGAUUCCCUUUUGUGUGCAUUAUAAUUCAGCUCGCUGGUGGGCAGGUGCGUUGGACUGCUUUAGAAUCAGUGGGAUUAAAUGGAUCACAAUUGCAAAUAGAGCACAGUAAGACCGUUAUGACUCGCAGACCAGCUUGGAUGUCACGAUAAACCCAUGGCUUAUUGUGAGUAGACUUAAAAACCCUGUCUUACUCAAAAACGUUUUGAAUUGGUGUUCUUUAUUGCAAGAGAGUCACUUCAUGGUUUAAAAUUUAAAUAAGCAAUUCAAGAAUUUGCAUCUGUAAGGCAGGGCAUGGCAGUAGCCACUGAGGCAAAAAGAAAAAAGAAAAAAGAUAAGCAGCAGCAAUGAAACCUCCUCUCAUUUUUACACUUUGAGAAGGUGGUAACUGCUUGAAAAGGUCUCUUUCACGAGUUUCUUUAUGGAUGUUUUUCCUUUUCAAUUUUCAUUUCACAGCAACUUUGCAGUCCUCAGAAUGUGAACUGCAGGGAUUUGGAGGGGCGUCAUUCAACCCCAUUGCACUUCGCUGCAGGUUAUAACCGAGUGUCAGUCGUGGAGUACUUGCUUCAUCACGGAGCGGAUGUGCAUGCAAAGGAUAAAGGGUAACCUGGGAUUCAAUUUACGGUUUUGUGUGUGAAUAGAAUAGCUUCUUGCUUUCCAAGUCCUUUUGCUUCUGUGCUUUUCAGUACCUUAUUCUUCAGCUGUAUGGCCACAGUCCAGAGGUUCUAUUUAUAUGCUCCGGUUUUGCAGCCAACAAAGGCAAACUCUUGAUUAAAUUUCAACCUGUUGGCCCCAUCCACUGCUGCCAGAUGCUGGUUUUUUUGGACGAAGAUUUCUGCUUCUGGAUCUCAUGAGGAAAAGGGGUUGCGUUUCAUCAGUGUUCUGAUUAUACCUGUCUGUGGACAAAUGCCGGCUCCCUCAACCUGAAAAGCGAGAUGAGCGACGUACCACAUAGUGGCCUUUGACUGGACUUAACCGACCAGGGGCCAUUUACCUAUUUUACCUUUACCUUUUUACUAAAUGUAUAUAAUUUUUAAGGUUUGGAGGUCCAUCACUUGUAAGAGACAGUUGAUGUCAUCAUUUGGAAUGCUGAUUUAUCUUGAAGGAUAACUACAAUUUUUACUUACUUCUAGAUCCUGACAUGUUAAAAGCUGACAUGUUUCUUUCUUUGAUUAGUGGCUUAGUGCCCCUCCACAAUGCCUGUUCAUAUGGACACUACGAAGUGGCAGAGUUAUUGGUGAGACACGGGGCAUCUGUCAACGUCGCAGAUCUGUGGAAGUUCACACCGCUACAUGAAGCAGCAGCAAAGGGGAAAUAUGAAAUCUGCAAGCUCCUUUUAAAAGUAUGCAACUUACAAUUUCUUUAGACUUUUGAAGACGUGAGAAAGAGCUGAGUAACAGCAGGGCUUUAUUUUUUAAGAAAUGGGGAUCAGCUUUAACAUCUAGCCUGACGAUGAGUUCUAGAGAACGUGCUUACCAGUUGUGACAUUUUGUCUGUUCUAAUCAAAUUUCAAAAUCCAACUGGAUUUUGAAAUUUUCCGACUAUUGAAUUUUCUUCUAAUAAAGCGCCUUCAUCUAAUGGAACCUGUGGAACAUGGUACCGCACGCAGUGUUUCUGAGCUAGACAAUAGUUCAGUUGGUAGAACAUGAGCCUCUUAAUCUGAGGGUUGCCCACAUGUUGGGCAAAAGAUUCCUGCAUUGCAGGGGGUAGGGCUGGGCGAUACCAACUUUGCAACAUCGUGGUGUGUCGCCAGCCAAACAUUGUGGUUUGGCGAUAUACCGCAACAUUGAAAAAACAAGAUGCAUUGGCCUCUGCCCGCGAGACACCGGGUGAAACUGCCCCAGCUCUCACCUUGAAAGCUGAGGCAGUUUCAUCGAGGCUGGUGGGCUGGGGCAAUGCAGCUUGUUUGCGCAGCUAAGCUGGGAGGAGGGAACAUUCCCCACCCCAGCUGAGACAGCCCCAGUGCUCUCCCCGCUUGACCGUGAGUGGGCAGAGCAUCAGAGCUCCUUUAACUGCUUGCUGUGGGGAGUGGCAACCGUGUUCCUCUCAGCCAAGCAGUUUCACAGAGCCCCCACUCCACCGCAGACUUGCGGGAGCCAGCACAGGACUGAGGGCUCCUUUAACUGCUUGACUGAGGCAAGGGCAGCUGCACACUCUUCAGUUGAGCAGUUUAAAGAUGCAGAAGGGAGGAACAAGGUGUAUCGACACCUCACCGGUACAGCUUGCUUCUCCCUCUCCAUCGUAUGAGGGCAGAGUGGGAUGGUGGUUUCACCUGCGAUAUAUCGCCGGUGAAACCACCGCCACUCCUGAAUCCCUCUGCUAGCAGUGACCGUUGGAGGAAGGAAUUUUUGACUCCCUCCAGGGGAUGCUGCUAGCAGAGGGACUUGGGAGCAGUGGCGGUUUCACCAGCGAUAUACCACUGAGUGAAACCAGUUCCUCAUACUGCUCCUGGGUGGUACAUUGAUAAAUCACCCAGGCCUAGCAGGGGGUUGGACUAGAUGACCCUUGUGGUCCCUUCCAACUCUAGGAUUUUAUGAUUUCAUGAUUCUAUGAAAACAAGAUCAGAAAUGAUAAUAAAAAUUAAAAUUACAUAAUGAAUACAAUUGUAUUUUUACUUAUAGGUUAGACAUGGUACUCUUUUUCAGAUUUACAGGCAGCCCCCCCCCCCCGUUUAUGCGGGGGUUACGUUCCAAGGCCCUGUGCGCAUUGAUGAAAUCGAGCAUAAUACAUACCCAUUGAAAAAGCCUGCAAACACCCCCAUUCACCCUGGUCCUCUACCAUUUCACUCAUUUAGUGAUGGUUCAGUGGUGUCUUUAUGACCUUUCCGGGUCACUUCUGGGUUUGGCGCAAUGCGUGUAUACACAGUCACACGCACAUGGGGCUGCAAGUAUAGUAUCUCUGGAAACUGGCAUGCCUUUGCAAAUAAAAUCAGUAGUUUGUAUGUGCGGCAUGCCAUGGAAAAAUCUGAACUCAUAAUUCCUGGUUUCUAAUUCAUUGAAUGUUAGCUGCAAUAAUUAGGACAAAUUUUUGAAGUAAAUCUGUUGGGGUCGGAGAGGCAGUGCAUUAAAUUUCUAAAUGUAGUAUUUGUGUUUAUACUCUUAACAGAAGUGGUUCCUUCUACAACUUAGUUGCAUUUUUCUCCCUUUCUUCCCCCUCACCCUCCUUUAUCUGAUAAAGGUCAUGUCUCACUCAAAUUGCCACCAUUGUGAAAACGAUUUGAGUCCCUAACUGGUGUUUCAUAGGUUUGACUCUGGAUUUAAAAGGAAAUUGCUCUUUAUGUCUGCAGAAAGAUAUGCAUUGCAUCAAAACCUUCCCUCCAGACUCCAUAAAUUGUUAAAAUUUCCUUUUGGUAAACUUACUGUCACAACUUCACUGUAUUAAAGUGAGCAUGUGCAAGUCCACCAUUUUGCUUCAAAUGGUUUCCAAGAUAAGCAUCACUUUUCUCCCACUUGUCUCUUGUGGGAAGCCAUUUGAAGCUUGUCCAAGCAUUUUUAAAAUGUUCAGAGGAUAGACUCUCUAUUUGCUGGAUUCUCUGCCUUGAGAACAAUUGGAACAAUUGUUUAAUCCAGACCACCAUUUUGAUUCCAACAGUGGUCAUCCAUAUUAUUCUGGGGAGCUUAAAGGAGGGCACUAAUACCCCUUCUCUAGUUUUUUUCUCAGCAAAGAAAGGGGUGUCACCCGCCCUGCACCAGUUAUAUAGUAUUGCUGGAUUGCUGACCAUGUGAAUGGGUUCUACAACUUUCUGUUACCCCCACAGCUUAUGGAAGAGCAGACUUAGGUGCUUGUAAUGGACAUCUGUCUGGGGCUAUUUUUGCAGGAGGAACCAGCUUAGUGGGGGAGGGAGUGUCCCUUCCUGUUCCUCCUCCAUAAAAUUAUCAAGAUAAUUAUUUACAAUUUGAAGUUGUGCCUUCAGCUGUCAACAUCUACUUCUGCACUGCUGUGAAGCAAUUUCAGGGCAAGGGCAGGAUUUUCUCUUUGAAAAAUCACAACACCUGUAGUCAGACUUGUGGGCUAACUGAUUAAUAUUCUUUCAUGGGCUUCUCACAGUUUCCAUGGUAUCAGCAUUUCUGUUCUGGAAAGUCUCUACCCACAAGCCAUUCUUUUUUGUAUUUUUAAAGGAACAUCUUCAGGAAGGUAGUACGAAAAUUAUAAAAUCUGCUUUUACUACUGGGCCUAUUUGAGGAGAAUUGAUAAUUUUAAAGAAGAAGCAAUCAAAAUAAUUACAAAACCUUUUCUUCUUUUCUCUUUCCUCCUUCCUUUUCUUUGAGUUAUAUGUGGAACAAACCAUUUAGUGAAGAUAUUCAUCUUGUAAGGACUCAUAGCAUAAUGCUAUUUUCCUGAAAUGGUGGGGGGAUAUCCCUGUUAGGAUUGCACCUCCCACUCGCUUCAGAAGGCAGGGCUAUGUAAUUUACCUUGCACGAGAGAGAGAGAGAGCACCCCUCCCAGUUUUCAGUCCUGCCUACUCCUGGAGACAGGCUCAGGCAAUGUUUGUACCUUCCGCCAUUUUCUAUUUCUGAUUUUAUUCUGUUUGCCCUGCCUUCCUCCCAGCUAGUCUGACUUACCCUGAAAAGAGGGAUUGGGGGUGGUGUCUUGGCUUGGAGAUCUCCCUGAGAGGCAAUAUAGAAAGACAUCAGGGCAUCUUAUCACCAGAAAGAUGAUAAAAGGUAAAGGGACCCCUGACCAUUAGGUUCAGUCGUGACCGACUCUGGGGUUGCGGCGCUCAUCUCGCUUUAUUGGCUGCGGGAGCUGGCCUACAGCUUCCGGGUCAUGUGGCCAGCAUGACUAAGCUGCUUCUGGCAAACCAGAGCAGCGCACGGAAACGCCGUUUACCUUCCCGCUGGAGCGGUACCUAUUUAUCUACUUGCACUUUGACGUGCUUUCGAACUGCUAGGUUGGCAGGAGCAGGGACUGAGCAACGGGAGCUUAUCCCGUCGCAGGGAUUCGAACCGCCGACCUUCUGAUCGGCAAGUCCUAGGCUCUGUGGUUUAACCCACAGCACCACCCGCCUCCCUGUAGAAAGAUGAUAGACCAGUGCUAUUGUUAGAUCUGUCCAAAAAUCGAUUUGAAAGAGCAUUAUCAAGUUGCUGCCAGAGCUUUGGCUUGUCAUCAACCUCUCAGGGGACAAAGUUCUCCCAACUGGACAUUUUGCUUGGUUCUUGAUGCCCACCUUCAUUUGGGGGUGACUAGUCACAUGCAAUGAAGUAUAACUAGAGCUGCAGCCUGGACCAAUUCAUUUUCAUCCUAAUGAGCUAUUUAAUCUGGUUAAAAGAUGUAAAAUAAGUAAAUGGAUUAAGGAAGAGAAAGCAGAUUUAGUUCUGUUGCAGUGAACACAUUUCAUACCACCGGAAUCUCACGGUUUAAGUACUGUAUUGAAAGGAGAUUCUCUUCGCUUGUGCUGUGAUAAAACACAAGGAAGUGAAUACUUAGAUCUUACAACAAAGGGUAUUUGGGUGUUUAUAAGGGUAUGUGUUUGUAAGAGGGAAUAUUGAGAAGAUGAGAACAGUAGCGGAUUGAAUUUUGGAUUUUAAGGUUUUCCUAUGGUACUUCUGAAAGAGAGAGCGGUGUGUUGGAUAAUUAUUGAUUGGAGAUUUCACAGAGUUUAUGAGCUUCAAGGCAGAAUAACGUCACACUCAAACACAGUGCUAAUCUUAGGCUUAUGAAAUGAAUAACAGAAUAAUUUAUUGAGUAGUGAGGGAAAACGCAUCUCUUUAUCUUGAAUGUGUGGUAUAUGUUAAAAUACAUUUGCCCACAUAUUCUCUACUGGCAUAUACUAUUAAAUACAUUAGGGUCUGUUUUACGUAACACCUGCUGGUAUUUAUAUAUUCUUUCUUUGAGUACUGCGUUACUUUAAUAUAGUAUUAGAGGGGUAUACACUAUGAGUUGCACUCUUGAGUAGACCCAUUUUAGUUUUACUUAUCUAGAAAUAUUAAACUAUUCUGUUUUGGGGUCCUGUGGGGAGGGUGAAGGAAUCGGAAUCUUAGCCACCCUGCAUUUUAUUUCUGCUAGUAAACAGUAGAAAUGUUGUUUAUAGCAUGGAGCAGAUCCAACAAAAAAGAACAGAGAUGGCAACACACCUCUAGACCUCGUGAAGGAGGGAGACACAGAUAUACAGGACCUGCUGCGAGGUGACGCAGCUCUGUUGGAUGCUGCCAAGAAGGGCUGCCUGGCACGAGUUCAGAAAUUGUGUUCUCCAGAAAACAUCAAUUGCCGAGAUACCCAGGGACGAAACUCAACUCCGCUGCAUCUUGCUGGUAAGUGGUUUGUCAAGCUUUCUUUAUCACAGCCACAUAAUUUAUUCACCCAAAAAUUGUCUUGGAAACAGUCCCAGCUAUUUAAAGAAUCAUACAUGAAUGCAGCAGGAAGUGAGAGGUUCUCGAUUAAAAAUACAAGUGAUUUUUCUAUUAACCGCUGGAUGUUCCGUUGAUGCUUUGUUUUUCUUCAUAAAGCCGGUUACAAUAAUUUGGAAGUUGCUGAGUAUCUUCUGGAGCAUGGUGCUGAUGUCAACGCUCAAGAUAAAGGAGGAUUAAUUCCACUACAUAACGCAGCAUCCUAUGGGGUAAGCAUUAUUAAUUAAUGUAUAGAUUUUCAAGACUCUUAUUCCCCCUUUCUGUAGAAUUAUCAAGGCACCUUACAAUGCAAAACAAAGAAAAAACCAAAAAAAACCCAGCAAGUAAUAAUAACAGCAAUAAAUAAUGAAGAAAAUAAUCUAUACCCCCAAAGAAGGUGCAGCAGCAAUAUACUAUAAAAGCUUGCUAAAACUGGUAGAGGUGUAGAGUAUAUUGGUAGCUUCUAAUUACUGCAGUUUUCCCUUUAAGUGGAAAGCCUGUCAGAUGGGAAACAGAAACGUCUUUCCAGGACUUUUAAUUGAAAUAGGGUGAAUAGAUCAUUUUUACCGAAACUGUUCCUUGCGUGAAUAUAGCUAUUUGAUAAGCUGGGGGUGAGAAUUUUGCACCUGGCCAAAAAACUGAGCAGCAGGGGAAUGAUGAUUCUUUGCACGACGUGGCAGAAAAAUGCACAUGACUGUUUUCUAGUGGUCACAUGACUACCAUGCUAAGUUACCCCUUGAUAGUCAUCAGUAUUUGCCAGUGGACUGGUGAAAUCCAGAUCAAAGUAUUAGGGGAGUUCUACCUUAUCCUGCUCCCUUUGUUUCAUAUUUGCAAUCAAUAAGCAAGCCUUUUUCAAUUUCUUCUGCUCCCAUCUUCCUAUGUAGAAAUGGAAAAAGGCUUGCUUAUUGAUUGCAACUAAGAAAAGCCCACUUUAGGGAAACUCCAGGUAACUGAAGAACUGCAGGAGCCUCAGUAUACUGCAAGUAUGUUAAGGAGCUUCCAGCACUUAAUACGUCCAUCCAUCCAAGACUUAUAAAUGCAUAACCCAUCAUUUAAGAAUGCUUCCUUUUGCACUUCCUUUAUGGGUAAUGCCUGCUUGCUAUUCUACUCUCUUUUUUUAUCUCUCUCUCUCGCCCCGCCGGCAGCAUGUGGAUAUAGCUGCUUUGCUGAUUAAGUACAAUACCUGUGUAAAUGCCACAGAUAAAUGGGCAUUUACGCCAUUGCAUGAAGCAGCACAAAAAGGAAGGACGCAGCUGUGUGCCCUACUUCUAGCUCACGGAGCAGAUCCAACGAUGAAGAACCAAGAAGGCCAGACACCUUUGGAUUUAGCUACAGUAAGUCCGUUCUGAAAAAGAAACAGCAGCUAUUUCUAUGCUGCAGAACUAGUACAGUAGCAUGCUUUUCACUUACCAUAUUUUUCACUCUAUAAGACGCACCAGACCAUAAGACGCACCUAGUUUUUGGAAGAGGAAAACAAGAAAAAAAAUAUUCUGAAUCCCAGAAACCAGGACAGCCAGCGGGAUCGCAGCGCAGGGAAGGGGAGCCUUCAUCCCCUGCCCGGGAGAGGCUGCGCGCGGCUAAAUCUCCCCCAAGAGCUGUUCGCCCUUUAAAGAGCGCAUGGAGUGUGUGUGCGGCUCUUGGGGGCUUUUCCUUCUCCCUCCUUGGGGAAAAGCCCCCAAGAGCCGCACGCUCUUUAAAGGGUGCACGGUUCCUGUGAGCUUUUCUACGAGGUGGGGGAAUCCCCCCAUCUCCCGCAAAAGCCCGCAAGAGCCGCGCAGAUCGUGUGUGUGGCUCUUGUGGGCUUUUCCCGCCUGCCUCCCACCUGCAUUUGCUCCGUAAGACGCACACAAAAUUUCCUCUUACUUUUUCGGAGGGAAAAAGUGCGUCUUAUGAAGCGAAAAAUACGCUAAUCAGCCACAUUUAUAUCCUGACCUUUCUGUUAAGGAGCUCAGGGUGGCAUAUGUAAAGUUGGCCCAAUUUUAUCCCCUCAAACAACCUUGCAAGGCCAGGUAGACCUCGUAGUGAGUUUCAAGACUAAGUAGGGACCUGGGCCUGCUUCUCUCCAGCCCAAAUCCAGCACAUGAUUCAUUAUACUACAAUUCUCUUGUUUUACAUGAAGAGCAGGCAGAACUAUGAAUCUUAUACAGAUUGUGCAUCUUUGUUUGUAAGCCCAUCAUUUCGUCCAGGCAAAUUCACGAUGUGUUCCUUCAUUUGGUUACUAUUGAACGAUUGCUUUCCACCUUAAAUUAGAUUUUGACCCUGCUCCUUGAACUUUUAUAUUGAACUUUAAAAACCAAGUGAUGGCACCUGAAAUGUGAACAUGCGUAAAAAUAAUCUCAGUUUCGAAACAGCAGAACUUAAUGCUUCCAAAUUUGGUGUCCAGGGCUGAUGGUAUUUAACAUUCACAAGCGAUGCCAGUUUAAAGAACAGCUCGGAUAUUGAAAUAAAAAUUAUCUAAUCAGGGUACAUCUUCAAGAAACAAUUGAACGCUGGUUCUAAUUAUUAUUUUUUUGUAUAUGUGAUUUUCAUGUUUUCAGGCUGAUGAUAUUCGAGCCUUGCUGAUAGAUGCGAUGCCCCCAGAGGCCUUGCCAACCUGCUUUAAACCUCAGGCUACUGUUGUUAGUGCCUCUAUCAUUUCGCCAGCAUCAACUCCAUCCUGUCUCUCUGCUGCCAGCAGCAUAGACAACCUUGCAGGACCUCUGGCAGAAAUAGCAGUGGGAGGGGCAUCCAAUGCCGGUGACGGAGCAGCAGGAACAGAAAGAAAAGAAGGAGAAGGUAAGUUUGCCGACAGCGCGAAACACUCAGGCUGCAAUCCUGUGCACACUGACUAGGGAGUGAGCCCCCUGGUACCUAGUGGGACUUACUUAUAUUUAUUCAUAAAAAUUUUUAUAUACCGCUGUAUCACAAAAAUGUAUCAAAGCAGUUUACAACAGUAAAAACAAAUAUAUGUAGGAUUGCACUGUGACUACUGUAAUCUCUCACAUUAUCCUAAUAAAUUUGCUUCGUUAUUUGGUCCAGCUGUAAAAUAAAUUACAGAGUCCAAGGAUUUGCUUUAAUCAAAUGAAAUUUCAUUUUGAAUCAAUAAUCUUCCUGACUUUUUGUUAGCAAUUGAUUCCUGGGUUUUUUUUAUAUUUCUAAUUAGUGAAAGAUGUGUUCUAUUUGUUUGUUUGUUUGUUUCGGCCUAUAGUGGAAGUUUGACUUGUAGAAAGGAAUACAUGAAAAUAUAACCAAAGUUGUAAGGCUUUAGAAAUAGUGGUGAUCGUUAAGAGGGGAUUAAUACAUUUGUGUAGUUUAACUAUUGACAGUUAUGAGUGGCCUCCUCAUGCAAGUGAUGCAAUAUCAUAGGGUGAUACUGAUAGAAAAGCAGGCAGGAAGCAUUGAACAUGCAAUUCCUUAUAAAAGAAACAGUUGCUUAGUUUUCUUUCAAAAGUAUUCUGUAGCAUUAACCUAUACUUAACAGUUUAAAUGUCACAAACUGUGAAUCAAAGUUUCUGAACCUGCUUUUGGAAUCCACUUUGUAGAAAAAAACACCUCAGCAGAAAUACACCUAGUCUUCAUCUGAAUUCCUUAAUAAUUCUUCAUAUUUAGGUUUCUCCCCCUCAAUCUACUUUCAAUGAAAGUUUUCUCAAAGAUGGAUUAGUUUUUGCAUUUAAAAAUUGCAUUUUGCAAUUGAUGUCUGGUACAUUGUUCAGUAUGUGUUUGCAUCCUUUUGUAGUUGUUGGACUUGACAUGAACAUCAGUCAGUUCCUGAAGAGUCUUGGUCUGGAACAUCUUCGGGAUAUCUUUGAAACAGAACAGGUAAGAUCCUGCUCGCUCCAAAGUAGUGCUCCACUAUUUUUUAGUCUUAUAAUACACCUAGAAUAGUAGGAGAUACUGUCUAAGAUUGGAGGAACUGAUGCAGCUAGUUUUGUGUGUGCAGGGGCCUUUGGACUUUAGUUUCCAAUCAGCAUAGGCAUUGGUAGUUUUACUUUCCCAUUCAUUUCAGUAGGGGUAAAUCAGUAAAAAAGAUAGAUCCCUGUCCUAACGUAAAAUACUUAUUUUUGUUCUUUUCUGUGCUUCUCAGAUUACGUUGGAUGUACUGGCAGACAUGGGACACGAGGAGCUGAAAGAAAUUGGCAUCAAUGCCUAUGGGCAUCGUCAUAAGUUGAUAAAAGGUGUAGAGAGACUUCUAGGUGGGCAGCAAGGUGAGUCUGCUAAAGCAUCCUGCAUCAAAAUGAAUUGGAGCUUUGUCUACAAACAGUAAGCUCCAUCCUUCGUAUACUAUAGAAAUCUUUCAGGAAGGUCCUUAGGUAAUGAGCGAUCUAGGAACUUUAUCUAUUCAUUUUUGUAGCCUAAUCUGUUAGAGAACCUCAGGCUUGAGCACAGCAGUUUUGCCUGAUGGCCUUGAAGGCAACAAGGAAAAGAGCACCAGAAUAAAAUAUAAACCCCUUUUAAAAAAUGCAAAUGAAAUGAGAUGGUUUUAUUUUCAUGCCUAAGUCAUGACCCGAAUUUCACACAAAAUCAAGCUAUUCCUAUUGCCACAGUGUCAGAAGCGCCGCUUGUCACCAACCCUUCCCAUGCGCCUUCCAAACAGCAGUUCCUCUUACGCUCCUGCCCAAGGAACCACCAUGCCAACCUAUUUCCAAAGCCCUUUCUCUUAACGGUGGUCAGGGAGUCAGCAUGUUACAUGCAUUGGCUAAGGUCUUGUGCAGUUAUGUAUUAUCAAGAGAAUUGCGGGCUGUGGAAUAUAAAUUACUUGUAGAAUGGAUGCAGUAUUUCAAUGUGCAUGUUCUGUAUUUCAGGCACCAAUCCUUAUUUGACUUUUCACUGUGUCAGCCAGGGAACUAUCCUGAUAGACCUUGCUCCUGACGACAAAGAGUAUCAAUCUGUGGAAGAAGAGGUAAUUAUAUCUGUAAAGACAUUUGGGACUGACUCAUUCGUGAAUGUAUUAAACUUCUUAAGGGUGCUUCCACACCAUAUAGAGAACUGAAAGUUGGCGAUCACCUGAUCGUUCAGUAGAGGAACUAGUAAUUUAAUUUACUAAUUACCUAAACCUUCUGAAAUAGGUACUUUAUACCUGUCUGUUGCAAUGUGGGACGCAAAAUAAUUUCCUGAAAGACACAAGUAGUCUAACACAGAGCAACACAUGGGGAUGGAAGGUUGUGGUGUGAAAUUUUGUUUCUCCCUUUAUACACUUGAAUCCAUCUUUUCCUGGAGGAAAAUUCCAUUGGCAGACAGGAGCCUAUCUGUGUUUGUAAAUACAGUUUGUAUUGUGCUGAUAGAGUUGCAAAAUAUCCUAGGGUUAAUUUUGUACCUCUUGUUUCCAAAACCUGUGUAGUUGUACUUUAAACAUGCCGUGGCUUAGGGCUAUGUUGAAUGCUUUGUGUUUCUCACCCUCUAGAGAUAAAAUGAGCAUUCCUAAUUACUAUGUCUUAUGUUUUAAAUGCUCCAAAUGCUAAGGUUGCUGGAUAACUUCUUGUUGUUAAUACAUUUGUAGCUGGAGUUAUUCAGGGCCCUGCCCUCCUAGGCCAGGUAGAAAAAGCCCUGCCAGGCAGGAAGCAGGUCUUCCAGGACUCACAGCCAAGAUGGUCUCUAGAUAUGAAAAAGAAAGAAUUCCUUCAGUGAAUAAAAGUUUAUUUACCCGCUCUCAACAAGGUUACAGGGGAGCAAGUAGUGGUAAGCCUGAUAGGUUUCUCAGUGUCCAUGACUCAGUUCAAGUUCUCAUUCACUAAAGGGAAACAGUAUUCAACCCUUUAUCUGCUGUGCUCAUCUGGUUAGAUGCCCUUACAGCCCCACGAGGGGUUGAAGCUUGUUGGGAGCAGAUAGGAGCUUAUAUUAAUUGAAGGAGGUGCAUGAAAUGAGGAUGGGAGCAACUCAGAAACAUGCCUCCUUUCCAGAUUAUACUGGGCAUGGAUCAGGUGAAUGGGAAAGUUCCUUCUCUGUAACAAACAAGACUGCGGGCAUCACUAUCUCUUAUUCAUUCUUUUACUGAAGAAAGAAAAAAAAUUGCAGAAAUACCUACCUUUCUCUUUUCCAUUUCUGCCUCCUUCCUCAGAAGGAUAGAAAGAAGAGCAAGAAUGGUUUAUUCACAGCUUGCCUCUCUCAGCUGGGAAGAUAAACACUGCUUCUGUAUUUGUUUUCCCCCUCCACACAGUCACAGAACGUAAAAGGCAAUAGAUGUAAACACCAGAUUAAGAUGCGGGCAGUAUUUCUGAGAUGUCCCCUUCUGGGUGUCUUACCACUUGACUGUUUUACAGAUGCAGAGUACCAUCAGGGAACACAGAGAUGGUGGCAAUGCUGGGGGGAUCUUCAACAGGUAUAAUGUCAUCAGGGUAAGUGUCAAUGACUUUGAAAGCCUUCGUAUGAAACAGCUACCAAUUUUGCUGAUAAAGAAAUCCUUGCCUAGCAGGAUAGAGGACUCUUAGGUCCUCUAAAUAAAGCGAUCGUAGGAAUGGAGUACUGUUGAGAAUUUGAGCAGCAGCUUUGAACAGAAAGCCUUUACAUUACUGUUUAUACUGACCUUUUAGACUGGGGGCCAUAAUUAAGGAAGCAGGUGAAAAGGGAGCACAAGCAGGUGGUUUAGCUUAGCCAUAUAUUCACGAGGCUAAUAUAUUUCCAGUUCAGGAUCUUCAUAAGUAAUCACACCCAGUUCUCCUUCUGACCUUAUUUCAGUUGCGUCUUAUGACCAGGCACCCCCAACCUGCGGCCCUCCAGAUGUUUUGGACUACAAUUCCCAUCAUCCCUGACUACUGGUCCUGUUAGCUAGGGAUCAUGGGAGUUGUAGGCCAAAACUUUUGGAGGGCCGCAGGUUGGGGAUGCCUGCUUAUGACCCUUCAAGGUUGGGAGAAACCAGUUCAAUGGUGCUCAUUUUCCAUAUCAGAGUGCUUGUUGCCCCUGCCUUUAUCCGCUUUAAAGAUAAGAGACCUGCAGCAGCACCCACUGCUUUUCCAGUUUAGAAAGAGUGCCACAGCAGCCUUUGAAACCUGGUGGAAUAAUGUUGCCAUAUGCCUUUUCUCCUUGGGGCCAAAUGUGUUUUGGUCCAAGCCAUUUCUUCUCUGAAUUAUACUACAUUGUACUUAAUCUACUAACAUACAUUCUCCAGAGAGUGUUAAGUAUUUCUCUUCUGGAGGAAUCAUGGGUGAAACUGCAGCUUGUUAUACAAGGCUACAAAAGGGGAUAAUUAUUAUAAUGCCUCCCAUUGUUUGUGCACGUGACCCAAAUUCAACAGAGGCUCCCACUGGAGGAAGGAAGGGGGGGUGCAGUUUUCACCAGUUCCUGCUGCAGCUCUGAGUACCACUUCCCCUUCCUUUUCUGAAGGAUCCCCCAAUUCUCUGGAGCGCCUUUUCAUGGGAUUGCAGGAAAAAUUACCUCUCCUCUCUUUCAUUCAGUGGAGUGUCAUACAAAGAGAGCUAGCCCUAAGAUCUCCCUUAUAUUUAGUAAUACUGUUUUCUUUUAUUUAAGGUAAUCCCACAUAUUUUUAAAAUGUCAGUUUAUAUGGAAAUAGUUUAUCUGGAGUUCUGUUUCUCUGGUUCAGUUAUUGCUUAUCUUUUAUCCUUUUAAAGAUUCAAAAGGUGGUGAAUAAGAAGCUGAGGGAGAGAUUCUGUCAUAGACAGAAAGAAGUCUCAGAAGAAAACCAUAACCACCACAAUGAACGCAUGUUAUUUCAUGGUGAGUAGCCUUGCCUCAUCUAGUCAUCUAGUCCAGACUUCCUCAAACUCGGCCCUCCAGAUGUUUUUUGGCCUACAACUCCCAUGAUCCCUAGCUAGCAGGACUAGUGGUCAGGGAUGAUGGGAAUUGUAGUCUGAAAACAUCUGGCCGGCUGAGUUUGAGGAAGCCUGAUCUAGUCCAACCCCCUGAAAUGCAGGAAUCUGAGCUACUUCAUAUAUGACAGGUGGUCAUCCAACCUCUGCUUAAAAACCUCCAAGGAAGGAGAGUCCGCCACCUCUCGCGGGAGUCUGUUCCGCUGUCAAACAGCUCUUAUUGCAGAAAGUUCUUCCUGAUGUUUCAUCAGAAUUUCCUUUCUUGUAACUUCAAUCCAUAAAUUGUGUUUUUUGUUCCCUUUGGGUUGUAUCCAGUGUUAGUCUCACACACAGCAGGCCCAUUGAAAUUAAUGGACAUUAGUUUUCUGUUUCGACAUCAUUUCUUCACCCCCAGUUCUUCCUCUGUUAGUUAAAAGUAGGGUGCUGGGAAAAAUGAUGGAAGAGGCACCCUACCACUGGAGUCAAAGGAGCUUGCCAAAGAUUCUGGAGUGUUUAACAAAUGUUAUUGCUCAUUGGUGGCAGAUGUUGAAAAGGAUCAGAAGUCCAUGUUGGUGCUGGUGGUGUUCAGAGAUUUCCUAUAUGCCCCUGGCAGUCUCUAUCAGAGAAAGGGAUUGGUUGAGCCUUAGUAUUAGCCAUGUAGUAUGAAUGACUAUAUUUCUAUUGUACAAGUGUGGGGGGAGGGGGAGAAGAGCCUUCCUUCUUUCUUUGCAAACAAGCCCAAACUCUUUCCAACACUGGUGGUUUGUCCAACAACAUAAUCAGUAGAAAUUCAGAACUCUGGCUGUAAGUGACAGUGCUAUCUAAUCCCAGAGAAUGGCUUACAAAGCUAGAUGGCUUUGUUUUUGUGUAUAUUCAGCAAAAUUUGAAGUAGGGAGCUUGCCAUUUCCUCAUAUAUAUGGAAAUCAUAAAUAUGUACUUGAAAAUCUCCAGUGCAGUUUCUUACCCAUUUGUACAUUGCUUCCGAAUUUGAUUUAAUUAAUUUGCAUUUGAACAUGGAGGCUGUAUACCACAUGCAUAAGCAACGUGUUUUACGUUCUGUUCCAGGGUCCCCUUUUAUUAAUGCUAUUAUUCACAAAGGAUUUGAUGAAAGGCACGCAUACAUUGGAGGCAUGUUUGGAGCUGGGAUUUACUUUGCAGAAAAUUCCUCUAAAAGUAACCAAUACGUAUAUGGAAUUGGGGGAGGCACAGGUUGCCCCACGCAUAAAGACAGAUCGUGCUACAUCUGCCACAGGUGGGUUUCUGGUGACCUGUAUCACCCCGUCAGCCAAAUGUAAUGUUUUUUUUUCUUUAAGAGUUCUUGGGAGGAAAAGUGCUGGUUGAGCAUCAAACUGGAAAUAGAAGGAAAUGCUUUAAACUUGUCAGGUCUUUCACCCGGAGAAAUGUUUCUGUUGUGCACACUGACAAAUUCUGUGUACUAAAUAAAACCGCUGAUAACAAAGUUUUGGCUUCACUGCCACUUUGGCCGUAGUCCAACAUGCGAGUAGACACAGCUUGGGGAGCUAGUUAUUGACACAGGACUUUCAUCAGAUCUGCUCCUUAGCCAUGCCUGCUUUCCUAGGUUAGCCAUCUUAUUUCUCCCUUCAAUCAUGAAUCCUGAAACAGGGGAAAUCUGAAUUCUUUUUCACCUCAGUAAAAAUUUAGUCAUGAUGUGUCGUUGGCUAACCACUCUGAAGCCAUGGAUUAUUGUUAGCUUGCUGGUUGUGGCUUUUCACGCAAAGCAAUUGGGCAGCAUGUGAGAGCAUGUUGCCAUUUCUAGAUAACCUAUAGUAAGCCAGAAAGCCUGUACAAAUGCAGCCUAAAAUACAACUUUUGACUGCUCUAAGAACUUUGGGCAUUCAAAGUAAAUAGCUUAAGAAGUUUCAGGUAGCUGCACACUGGAGCCAGUGUGGUGUAGUGGUUAAGAGCGGUAGACUCGUAAUCUGGUGAACCGGGUUCCUAUCUCCGUUCCUCCACAUGCAGCUGCUGGGUGACCUUGGGCUAGUCACACUUCUCUGAAGUCUCUCAGCCCCACUCACCUCACAGAGUGUUUGUUGUGGGGGAGGAAGGGAAAGGAGAAUGUUAGCUGCUUUGAGACUCCUUAAGGGGAGUAAAAGGUGGGAUAUCAAAUCCAAACUCCUCCUCCUUUUCUUCUUCUCCUCAUCCCAAGCAUUCCUUCUUUCCUGCUAGUGACAUUGCUUUGUUCAUCUUGUUUUCCUCCCCCUUUCAGGCAAAUGCUCUUUUGUCGUGUGACGCUGGGGAAAUCCUUCUUGCAGUUUAGCACCAUGAAAAUGGCCCAUGCCCCUCCUGGGCAUCAUUCAGUCAUUGGCCGGCCAAGCGUCAAUGGACUUGCAUAUGCUGAGUAUGUUAUCUAUAGAGGAGAACAGGUAAGCAGUGUACGUGGUGCUUCUGUACAGCUGGGUGAUUGAUGUGCUAAUUGACUGUACCAGUCAACUGAUGCGCACUGCCUAUGUGUCACUAAAGUCCAUCUGGGCUGCCUCAUGCUUUGCACAGCAAGCUCAUCCACUGAGUGUACCGUCAGAGUGACAAUGCUGUUUCCCGCAGCACAUUUAUAGUUUGCUGUCUUGGCUGGCCAGGAUAUAUAUAUAUAUAUAUGGAUGUUUAAAGACACAUGUGCCUUUCACGCUUCACAAAGCAGACGUGAUUGUUUCCUGCCACAAAUGCGUAAAGCAUGGGUAGGCAGACUAAGGCCCGGGGGCCAGAUACGGCCCAAUCGCCUUCUCAGUCUGGCCCGCGGACUGUUCGGGAAUCAGCCCGUUUUUACAUGAGUAGAAUGUGUCCUUUUAUUUAAAAUGCAUCUCUGUGGUAUUUGUGGGGCAUAGGAAUUUGUUCAAUUCCCACCCCCCCAAAAAAUAUAGUCAACCCUGCCUGGUAACCCUAAAGGCUCCUAAAAGAUCCAAAUUGUUUUAUAAUACAUGCAACAAGAGAGAUCUCUUUGCCACUGGAACAUUUGAGCAUUUACCUGUGGUAAAACAAAAACAUUUCAUUGGGUUUCAUUCCAUCUGUUUCACUGAUUCAUAUUCAGUGGCAUUUUUUAAAGCCCCCCCCCCCCAAAAAAAACCCCUCUCUCUGUUAGUCCUUGGGCCAGACACUCCCCCUCUGUCUUAUGAUGCAAUGUUGAAAUUGGGUAACUUCCCUGUAUUACCACCCUGAGCUUCUCAGAGGAAGGCGGGGAUAUGAAUGUGAUAAAUAAGUCCCAGCGUGCUGCUUGCAGGAGACAAAAUAGUGUCGCUCGCCUACCAGCUCUGAACAUUGGACAGAAAAAAGACUCCAAGCGACUUCCUGGACCAGCAGCUGCCAUUGUGGUGGAUGCUUUAGAAAGCCUAACGUCUAAAACGUAGCUUUCAACCUCCCAUGCCCUUUUGACAUUCAGUUCUUAAUGCUCUGCCCUUUCUCUUUAGUAGCACUUGUUCAGAUGGUAGUUUCUUUCUGAAGAAAAGGAAGAGCUUAGGAACUGGCCGUGGGUGAGAGGGCUCCUGCGGCCUUUUGCAGGAGGGGGAAAUGAGCAUCUGAUAACUAUGGUGAGCAGCAUGGAGGGAACAUCUUCCAGAUAGAGGAUGCAAUGUCUGGAGGGGUGAUGGAUACCUUAUGAACGUGGACAUAGUGUUGCAGUACACUGGAAAAGGGUUGUAUUCUGUGGAAGCCACCUAGAGUGGCUGAGGCAACCCAGCCAGAUGUGCAGGUUACAAGUAAUACAUCAUCAUCAUCAUUAUCAUCAUCAGCAUCAUAGGGAGGGGUGGAAUAAGUGGGCUGAAAUGUGAUUUCUUUCUGAACCUCUGAAAUGCAUAAUUUAUUUGUAUUUGUAUUUAUCUUCUUGUUCUUAGGCUUACCCCGAGUAUCUGAUUACAUACCAAAUUGUAAAGCCAGAUACUCCCUCACAGACAGCAACGGCCGCAGAGCAGAAGACCUAGUAAAUGCUGUUUUGGGGAAACAAAUCAGAUGACUUUAAUAACUUACGGACUGGAUGGAUGACAUUAGUUUCAAAACAUCAACGUUUUAUGAAAUGCUUGUCACCCUGGAACUAAGCUGUAUGUGUUUUAUAAAGCAUUGCUCUAUAAACAGAUGUGAGUAACGGAUACGUACUCAAUUGCUACUAUUCCUUUUGAGGAAAUGUUUACAAAGGUUUGCCUUUUAACAACAUAUCUCAGGCUCACUUUCCCUGCAGUUGCCAUGUGUGUGACGACAUCAUUGCUUCAAUCUGGGUGUUUGGGAACAUUAUUUAACAAGCAGGGCUAGGUCCAGACCAUAUUUUUAAAAAUAAAUUCUGACGCCACUGCUCUGGUUGUGUGAUGUGUGCAUAGCUUGUACUGAACCCAUGCCGCCUUUUCAGAGUUGGUUGUCUUUUCGAAAAGUCCUUAGUUGGCUAUUUAUUUUACUCCCCCCACCCCCCUGUUACGAAAAUGAGCCAGGCCCUUCUUGAGGAUAUUUUUUGCACAAAGUCAAAUUGACUAAAAUCAAUGAACAAUGCAAUAGGAAUUUCUUGUCCAAGAAGGUGUUAGAGAUCUAGUUCUUUGGUUUGGGAUUCUUUUUGCACUUUUUAUGAACUCUUCUUUUUUUAUGUUACUAGAAGCAUAGUUUCAGGGUAGAAACCUGUCCUUUUGACCUUCCUGAGUUCCUCUUUCGAUAAGAGGAGUUCAUACUAGUAUUCAUGUAGCAACCUCAUUUUAAAAACACCCCUGUCCUUGAAAUGUAUGAGUUACUUUACUAGGAUGAACACAAACAGAUAAAUCUGCCAGAGGAACCUGUGUUUAAUGGCAUGUUUCAGUCAUCGCUUUCUCUCUGGAAAGAGAUCAAGCAAUGGGCCUUGAUACUGCUCCUUCUGCCCAUCCCAGCCCUCUCCAUCCCAGCGCUUAACAACACAGGGAGAAAUGAGCAAGUGAGCAAAAGCCCCAGUGGUUGUUUGAACUGGACAUCUCAUGUAGUUCUCUCCAUGAAAACAAGCCAGUAAGGGGGGGAGGAGGGGUGAGCCAGGAGCCCGCCAUUGGUACAAUCCAAGAGAAAAAAAUCUUUCCCACACAGGGGCUGUGAGAAAGUGAAAAUUGUCCUUAAGCUUACAGCCAGAAUAAAUUCUAAACUGUUACAUUGCCGACGGUCUCAGUCACGUGCUGUAUCAGCAACUGUCUUCUGACAUGCAAAUUGUGCGGGGGGUUUUUUUUUUAAAGCACCAAUUGAUCAAGUAGCGUAUUUGCAUUUAUCUAAUCCCAGAAGCCUGACAGUUAUUUUCCCUCCAUUAAAUUCGUCCCCAUACAUCUUGUUUGUAUGUGAAGAAGCCUCUUUGUGACCCACCUGUCUAUUUUCAGAGGUCUAGCCACAAAAAAAAUAAUUUUUCCAAGAGAAGCAACUUUUUUUAAAAAAAACAACAAUGCAAAAUAGCUUUAGGGGAGAAAGGAAGAAGUUGAAAAUUAAGUAGCAAUAGAGGUUUAUAAAUAGGAAAUGUAACAGAGAGAUUGCAGUGUUUGUUGUAGAAAUAUAACCUUGUAAAAUCUUUAGUCUGAGGAGGUCAACAGCCAAAGAAGGUUGAAUUGCUCAAAUUACAGUUCUUCCAUUAAAGGUUUUAUUAUGAUUAUUUCUUUAGAGUAACAACAGCAGACUGUGGCAAUUAUUUUACAACAUAUACUGGCAUCUGCUUGGAAAUCGUGGCAAAAAAUCUUACCUGCUGACACAGCAAGCACAAGAACAAAACCCAAAAAACCUUUUGGAAAAAAUGUCUUUGCCAAUAAUAAUCAUGUAGACUUUGACAUUGGUCAAGAUCAGUACUUGAUUCAAGCUGACGAAAUGACUUCUAAUAUUAAGAGAGACCAGAUGAAACAAGCUUUGACAACUGUGAACCUUUCCCUUUGCUUCUGUUGUCCAUGGCCACUUAAGUCUCGUUGGGUUUGUUGGCUUACAGUGUAGGACUCUGAAGGCCAAAGCUGACCAAAAUAGUUUUUCUUUUAAUUAAGAAGGCGUGUUGGGGCUUCACUGUUAGAAUUCUGAUUUCCAUUCAUGUUGGGAUUUAUGUUUUUAAGCAUAGCUGGGGGGAUAUGGCAACUGCAUUGCAAGCUAAAAGACUUUUCCGCCAGCUUCACGUAGUUGUUAGUCGUAACCCAGCCGUACUUCAUAGUUAAGUUAAAUGGUUAACUUGGAUGUGGAAGUUCAGUGUUCCUUUCUCUCGGGAGAGAGAAGUCCCAGUUCUGUGGUUGUCUUUCUCCUCCAGUGUGCGAGUUCACCUAAUGGAUGUUUUAGAUUUCAUCUUGAGUCCUAACAGCCAGAUUCUCAAACUAUGGCCCCAAUCUUUUAAACUGCCCGUGUUUUGUAACUGAUGUUUUGUGCAGAGUAAAAGGUGCUGUACGAGGAAUUCCAUUUGCAGUGGCUUUUGUCUUGUAGUUACGUGAUUCUGUUAACCCUUUCUUGGUCGGACCUUGAAAAAUACGCAUUGCAUGUUUGCUCCAAGUCUUCAGAGAUCUCAAAGCCUAACAUGGAUAGUCUUAGAAAAAUGAAAUGCACACCUGGUGUUUACUGUCCUUCAGAAUAAAAUGAUAGCCACCUUUCUCUCAUACAGGAGCUGGUAUUGCCCCAAAGAACUCACAGACUGGAUUCCUAAACCCUCUUAUUUCAGAAUAAAUUCCAUAGUAAUUAUUUCAGUACAACUUCUUACUUGCUCUGGGGAGAAGGCCUGGUAAGAGCUUUGGGCAUAAGCACACUCCUUCCUUCCAACUGUGAAGUCGAAGUAACAAGAAUUGUGUUAUAUUUAAAUAAAUCCAGUAUCUCCUUGGCCAUUGGGUAAAAAAACCCAAAAACCACUCCUUACAGGAUGGAUCAAGAAGAUGCUAUAAACAUUGCACAAUUUAUUAGCUUCAUCCUGCCCUGGGAACGAGGGCUACUAGUUCACGGGAGUGAGGGCUGACUCACUGGGUUGAGAGACCUCAGAAUUUAGUUAACAGACCUCAGUCACAACAUUAUAGAAACACAACAUUAUAUAAUGCCAUUGCAUUAUCUGCAGAUCCCUGACAGAUGUACUUGUAUGAUGCAUGUCUUGGCGAACGAGACAUUUAUCACAUUGCAUUCUACAUUUUUUAGUAUAUAGCUGCAGAUGUAAAUGUGUGACAAAGCCCAUGGUGAUUAUUUCUGGAUGCCCCAAGUCACACCAUUUCAGUGACUGGUAUGUUGCUGCUACAGCAGCAAGGUUAAUUUGUUUGCCGAAAAUGGGGUUUGCAAGAAACAAAACGUCAUUUGCAGAAUUUGCCUUUUUUUAAUGUCACGUUGAAUAUUUGGUAGAAAAGAGAUCUGCACCAUAAAAAAAAUGUUUUCAAUGAACUCUCUAAGAAUAGCUGUUUCCUCUUUCCAGGGAACCCUGACAAAUUGUAGCAGGUUUUUUUUUUUUUUUUAAAAGAGGGUGGGAUAAUAAAAGAUGGCAAGUCCCUCUUUUCUGGCUAAAUUAUCUGGGCCUCAUGAUCUUGGGGCAAAACAUGAAUAUUCCACGAGCUAUGAUUUGAACUCCUGAAGUGGUGAGGAUGUGUAUGCAUUUUUUGUUUGCUUUAAACCAGGCAUAGGAGACUCUGAUUUUGAUAGAAGCAACGGUGCUGCUGGGAACUGUACUGUGCUGUUUCCAACUCUAAAUUGUGCCUCUCCCCAGCUGCUGUAAGUCCAGCAGCAGGAAUAAAGCAGCAUGUGCCUCUUUUGUAGGGGUUGUGUUUUUUAUUGCGGGUCCACGGGACAGUUUAGAGCAAUGGAAUGACCCAAAAAGAAGGAUGGAAUAAAAUCCUACUUUAAAGCAAAAGAAGGAGAGUAGAUCAGGUACUGGGUCUUCCUUAUACAGGCAACUUCCCACUUACACAUGGGUUACAUUCCGGGGCCCAAUGUGCAUAAGUGAAAUUGUGUGAAGUGGGCAGCGCCCUCUAAACACCCUUUAAAUGCCCUCUCUGCUGCUGUCUCUUCAAUCCAUGCCAAAAAUACUGUAUCCAAAAAUAUCCACAAACUAGAAUUGAAGCUCUGGCGCUGGCAAGAAGCUCAAGGACGCAAGGGAAAGCUGCUGCUGCUGCUGCUGCUGCUGCUGUGCUAACCUGCGCGGCUGAGCAGCGUAAACAAAGCCCCACUGGGUCUCCAGUCUCUUCAGGGCUUCCUCUGCUUUCACUGACGUCCUCUUCAGGCUCCGGGGAGAGUCUCCUUGCGAGCCAUGAGGUCUCUCCUACUCCCUCCCAUCAUUCCCAGGUUUGAAUUGAAUUAUUUAAUUAAUUGACUUAUUUAAAGAGCCUGGGCAGCUCAGUUGGUUCGAUUGUGGUGCUGAUAACAUCAAGGUUGCAGGUUCGGUCACCCUUUUGGGACAGCUGAAUAUUCUUGCAUUCCAGGGGUUUGGAAUAGAUGAUCCUCAGGGUCCCUUCCAUCUCUAGAAUUCUACGAUUGUAUUUAAUUAUUACCCAGCGCUGCACAUAUACAUGGCCACUUGCAAGUAGGACAUGCAUUAAGUAGUGGGAUGCCUGUAUAUGUUCCAGCUCUUAAGAGAUUGGCAGGAGGAUCUGCUAGCAGGGCUACCAUUAGGCGGAGGAGAUUUUGGCGUACCACUUAAAGGAUAGCGAAUCACCAGCUAGUCAAUAUUUUUACCACCGUGGAUGGGGAGGGUGUUGAAUUUUCGGCCUUGCACAUCAAAGCGUCUGCCAGGAUACUGAAUUACAGCCCGUCACGGGGGGAACUUUGGAUGCUGUUUUCAGUGCUGUUAAUCUGCUUAAUUUAGUAGUAUACUUGGCAGCAUUUUAAUAACGUAUUAAAUAACGACUGGAAAAAUUAAAAUGCCAUGUUUGUGUGGCUGAUGGAUAAAAUGGAGCUGGUUUGUUCCCUUAGUUCACAUUUACAGUAGCCUUCUCAGCAUGGGCAGAGGCUGCAGUCAGGUUCUGUCACAUGGAAGCCUUAGUAUUUGAAUGUGAGAGCUGUAUCCAUGGCCGCUGAAGUUCGCAUUGCAAACAAAAUUGCUGCGAGAGAAGCCUAGCCUUCCCUGCUCCCCAGGCUAUGGUGUGUGGGCUGCUGUGAAUGUGAAUAGAGCCCGUGAAAUUGGUGGCUGAAGACUGAUGCAUUUUAUGCUGCGUUUGCUUGCAGCAAUCCUGGUCUCAAAUGUUAAAAUGUCCAUAUGAAUAUGAGCUCUAAUGUUUCCACCCACCAUACAUCUGAUUAUUGUGCAUCCUAAUAUCAAUACCACUUCUGGUGCUUUCUGACACUCCCAAGUAUAAAUCUCCCAUUCUUAGCUGGCUUCAUGCAUGCAAGUGGAACUAGAUUUGUCGUUAUUGCUGCAACACCCAGUGUCAGUGACAGAAGCCUUCAACUGUUCUCAAAGGAAUUCUCCUAAAGUUGGGUUCCUCACAUAUGUAGAAAUGGCUCCCCAGGAUUGUACCCAGUAGGAGCAAAGCUGCAUGUAUUCUGUGAUUCUUCAGUAGCACUGAAAAAAGUUGCAGGAUAAUAUUGGGUGUAGGACUCCUGCUAACCUCACCUGCACCAAAACACAGUUUUCUGGUGCUUUAUACUGUGUGGGCAAUUACCGUAUUUUUUGCUCUAUAAGACUCACUUUUUCCCUCCUAAAAAGUAAGGGGAAAUGUGUGUGCGUCUUGUGGAGCGAAUGCAGGCUGCGCAGCUAUCCCAGAAGCCAGAACAGCAAGAGGGAUUGCUGCUUUCGCUGCGCAGCGAUCCCUCUUGCUGUUCAGGCUUCUGAGAUUCAGAAUUUUUUUUUUCUUGUUUUCCUCCUCCAAAAGCUAGGUGUAUCUUGUGGUCUGGUGCGUCUUAUAGAGCGAAAAAUACGGUAGUCUGCUGAAGUCAGAGGGCUGGUUGAAUAAAAUUUCCAUAAAUUGAGGCUAGGACUUCAGUAUCCUUCAUAGCUCCUUGCUAUUCCCUAAUACAAAGGUAGAACAAAUAGUGGAAAAUUGUAGAAUUACAUGAAAUAGUUAACACAUGGGAAAUAAGAUCAUGCAUAUUUGCUUAGAGCAUACCGUAUAUACUCAAGUAUAAGCCGACCCGAAUAUAAGCCGAGGCACCUAAUUUUACCACAAAAAACUGGGAAAACUUGUUGACUCGAGUAUUAGCCAGUUCACACCACAAACCUGGUGGUGGCGGCAGCGGCGGAUGAAGAACAAGCAGCCCGAAAGGACCCUCAUUCGAGUAUAAGCCGUCGGGGGCUUUUUCAGCAUAAAAAAAUGUGCUGAAAAAGUCAGCUUAUACUCGAGUAUAUACGGUAAUUUAGACAAGCUGUAGAAACUGGAUGCAGAAUUUUAAUUUUUUUUAAGAAUGGAAUCUCACCCAGGUUACCACCAUGUCUGCUUAGAGGUUUUGUGAAGCACAGAGUUGGGUUUUCUUCAUAUUAAUAAAAAGAACGUUUUUAUUGGAGGAAAAUAUGGCUGUGAUCACAGAGGACGGUAAUAUUUUCACCUUCACUUCCUAUCAUGGUCCUUGUGGUUUGUUGCUGUGAAGGUGGAGAAAGAAGACUAAUUAUGCAUCGAAGUUGAAAUGUGUCUAUGGCGGUGAAUACUCAUUUGUGUUUGUAGCUUACUGAUCGACCAGAAGGUAGAUUUGUGUGUGUGCUGGUUCAGUUCAAAGUAUUACUGGUAAAGGGUUUAAAAGCUUGUCUGUUACAAUGCAAUCUCAACUUUCUUUUCCUUUUCUUUUUGCAAUUGGCAACUUUGCAGUAGCCAUCAACCUGUGUAUACAACCCUCCUAACAAUUUUAACACCUAGUUAUUUCCAUAGGCACUACCAACUACUAGCUUUGCAUUAAAAAACGAAACAAAAAAAACCCUUGUAUAACUUGCUUGCAUAGCUAGCCUUGUGUUCUUGAUACCUGUUGGCCAUAGAAGAACAUAUGAAAUCCCAAAAUGGCCUUUCAUUGUUUGUGACCUGGAACUGGGAUGUUUAUUUCCCCCCCUCUUGCUAAAAGAGGGUAUUAGAGUCUCUUAACUUAACCAAUGUGAUGGAAUUUUGCAUAAAGCCAAUGUAACAACUUAGAUCUUACUGUGCUUUAACUUAAUGUCUGACCUAUAAGUACUUGUGACAGAUUAAGAUUCAAUAAACACACUUUUUAAAAA